AUGUCGAAGAAAAGAUGGGUGGAAUUCAAGAUCUGCCAGACCAUAAGCUGCACAGCUCCCGUCAGGCGAAGACACAGACCCCCUUCUCCUGCUGCUGCCGGUAUGUAGGUGUCACUGUCUGUAGAAGCUUAAAAGGUUUGGUGUUUAUUUUCUGUGAACUUUCGUGACCUAAAUCACAUUUACAAUGCUGAUUAUCAGGGUUUGCAUGGUUUUCCAGCUCAAUGGCAAAUCCAGAGAAUGUCCCUAAAUGCUAUAAGUGGUAUAAUUUGUGAUGGGGUUGGGGUGGAAGCAAUUACUGCAAAUGUCAGACGGACAUGUUCUAUGACUAUGUGCAAAUUGCGCUCUAAUUUUAUAUUAGUUUUAAUACCACAAUUGCAGAAAUAAUCAUAAGGAGAGACCACUAUAAAUUCGUCAUUAUAUAUAUAUAUAUAUAUAUAUAUAUAUAUAUAUAUAUAUAUAUAUAUAUAUAUAUAUAUACUUUUUUUUAACCCUAAGCUCAGUUUGAACAAAAUGGUGAAUGUUUUAACUGGGGCAAUGUGAAAUGAAUCAUGAUGAGCAAUUGUGCAACACAGUGACCUUGUUUGCACCUCCACAGAAAACAUAAUAUUUAUUUACUCAUGCAAAUGAUUUCAAUCUAUAAUCAAUGUAUAUUUAAUUUGUGUACACAGUAUGUUUCCCUCUGUCAUUUUUUAAAUCAAAUUACAUGUUUUUACAUUUCCUACAGUACGUUCAUAAAGAGGCGUAGCUGCAGAAAACAGCCACCUAUGUGACGUCAACACAAUCAGUCUCGCGUUUACGUGGAUAACAUGGCGGCGAAGAUGUGGCUGUAACAAGGAGUCUGUCUGCUCCUAAUGCAAGCCUGUCGCAGUGAUUUGAAACCAUUACCAAACAAAUGUAACGUCAACAAACAGACACUUUCCCCACAGACUCUGGGCGUAUUCGCUGACACUUCGCAUGAAGCCCUUUUCCUCUUCUCUCAGCCACAGUGACAACGGUAAUGGAAGACGAGGAGAGGCAAAAGAAGCUCGAGGCCGGCAAAGCAAAGGUAUGAUAGCCUAGUACUAGCUAUCUAGCCGUGGUCAAUUAUUUAUCUGUGUUUCUGUUAGUCUGGCUUGGGAACCACAUUCAUUGCUGCUCAGUAAUACAUUGGCUUAUAUCAUUUUACUUAGUAGCUGUUUCGGGAGCCCCUUCCGUGUUCCCCUCCCUGUCAGCUGUCACUACUAGAAAACAUGCGCCCCCAUGGCAUGGAUGACAGACGGGGGUUUAGGUCUCUGGGUAAACCAGCUAACAAGACUUCCUUUGUCAUGUGACGUCCCAUGGGUAUCUCAUAGAAACGUGCUGUUUCCUCCUAAAAUGUAGUUACCAGUUUUGAAGAAAAGUAUUAAUGUUAAUUUAGCUAACUAGCGAACAAGUUAAGCCUUUCCUGUUAACGUCAGGCUUUAUUAACGCCACGUGAUUAAAAUAGUGAGAUUCUUGUGUGACAGGCUUUUCAGGACAUGCCCCUAGUUAGCUUGAGCAAACUCACAUUUUCCCAUACGUCACUGAUUCUUGGCUUCCUUUUUUGGCAUGCUAAUGUUACACAGUAACAACCAGUGCUACAAAUGAGGUCAUAACGACCCAGAUGAAUGAUGUCAAAAAAAGUUGCCAAAGGCUUAUCUCAUGCAGAAGGGAGGGAGCUCACACAAACUCUGCUUUCCAUGAAAUCAAUAAAGGUUUGCAAUGUAUACUCACCUCACUGGCAUACUAUUUCAAUGUAUGUAUUAUUUUAACCAGCAUUUUCAAUACAAUUUCGAAAUAUCCAGUGAACUGGCACAGUAGCCUACUUUAUGAUGAUAUGAUAACACACCCUCAUAGUCAACUGAGAGGGAUGAAGAUAGAGUAAAAAUAGAAUAGUCACUUCCCUGCUAGUCCCAAAAAUAUAUAAAAGGGUGCUUGGAGGCAGAUGGAAGGAAAGUAGACUGGACUCUUACUGCAGGUUAGCCGCUACAAAUCCGAGAGUGGAAGACUUCUCUCUCGUCUCUAACAUGUAGGGUCACUUUUUGUGAACAGUCACAUCACAAGUCAGACUGUUGAAUAAACUUCAUUUGAACGUACUUUACCUGUUGUCUGCUGAUUUUGUCCUUAUGUAGGAGGUAAUCUGAGACAAAAUAUCCACAGAGUAGUGUUAUUAACAAGACUUUCAGUACGCUGGUCUGUAUGUCGGUUUGUAUUUUCAAUGCUAACGCAAUUUGCACGCGAGUUGCACAAUAUGUCAACAAUGGCAGAGAUUAACCGAAGCACAGACCAAAAGUUGUCCCACGCAAUUGGCUAGCAAAUUUCACAAGCUCUUCCAGCUGAUAGCGAGGGAACGUGCUUUGGUUGACAACGUUCGGUUACAUUCGGCUAUUGUUUACAUAUUGUGCAUCACGAGAAAUGCAUCAGGAGAUGGAAAAUACAAGCAACAGAACCUAGCAGCGCUGCAAAAAAGUUGAGUAAACAACACUUUCCUGUGGUUACCGUAUCUCCACUUCCUACUUGCAAAAGGACCAACAGCAUGGACAACCGGUAAAGUGUGUUUAAAUAUAAUUGUAUUCAACAUUCUGGCUUGUAGAGACUUGCAUCAUUUUUACAGCGACUUCUUUCAGACUGAUAUCCAUGGAGUAAGCACGGUAACAGUCUAAUCUUUAGACAAACUGCAAGUCCUUUCAGAAUUUGAGGUUACCGACCUUUGCAGUGUCAUUCCCCUGCCUUAAUCCUUUGACGAGCUUACGCCCUAAUGCACAAUACCAUGACUUGGCACCUCUCCACUAUGCCACUAGAGGUUUAUUUUGAGUCAUGAAUUAGUCUAUUUUGAGUCACUAGUAUUUAUUCAGUAUUUGAUGAGAAGGCUAGAUGCUAUUGAAAGGGAAAACACUUUUUGUGUCACCACACCUGAAACUAUUUUGGAACGCGCAAAUCAAAACUAGCCUGUCUCAAUAAUCAAUUAGCUAGGCUAUAUUUAAAUGAUCAAUAACGUUAGCAGUAAGGCGCCACUGCACCCAGGCUGUGUCACAACCGGCCGUGACCGGGAGGGGGGCUUUCCUUGGCUCAUCACGCUCUAGCGACUCCUUGUGAACGAUGUUUCCUCCGACACAUUGGUGCGGCUGACUUCUGGGUUAAGCGAGCAGUGUCUUAAGAAGUAGGCGGCCAGGGGGGUCAUGUUUUGGAGGACGCAUGUCUCGACCUUCGCCUCUCCCAAGCCUAUUGAGGAGUUGCAGUGAUGAGACAAGGUCGUAACUAAAUUAGCAAUGGGAGAAAAUGGGUUAAAAACUACAUAAUAAAAUAAAAAAAUAAGAAGUGCUUCAGAGUGGUUGCAAAAGUAUAGGCCUAGGCCAUCUAGGAGUCAAAGAAAUGUAAUGGCUCUAUGGGAGAUUCUCAAUUAUGAAAAAGUCUGUCCUCUCCUCGACUGCUUCGUCCUCCUCUCCUCCGUGACCCGGAAACCGAUAAGUGGUCAAAUGGUUGAGGAGUGUGUUAAUUUGUUAGUAUUCUCCCAUCCUCGAUAACCUACUUCGGCAGAGGAUACACCAGAGUAUCCUCCCGGCGGCUAGCGCGGAAGUGUUUAAACAUUUGAAUCAGCUGUUGUUUUCUCAAAAGCGUUUCAAAACGAUACACUACUUAUCCUUCUAUCUACACUGAACAAAAAUAUUAAGGCAACAUUCAACAAUUUAAAAUAUUUUACUGAGUUAAGGUUCAUAUAAGGAAAUCAGUCAAUUGAAAUCAAUUUAAUUAGGCCCUAAUCUAUGGAUUUUACAUGGCUGGGCAGGAGCGCUGCCAUGGGUGGGCCUGGGAGGGCAUUUUUACGGCAUACUCUAGGUCAGACCCGUCGAGAGUGGUGAUUCUAGUCGGGUGGGCGGGUGCCAGCAGCGUUCGAUUGAAGAGCAUGCAUUUAGUUUUACUAGUGUUUAAGAGCAGUUGGAGGCUACUGAAGGAGUGUUGUAUGGCAUUGAAGCUCGUUUGGAGGUUUGUUACCACAGUGUCCAAUGAAGGGCCAGAUGUAUACAAAAUGGUGUCGUCUGCGUAGAGGUGGAUCUGAGAGUCACCAGCAGCAAGAGCGACAUCAUUGAUAUACACGGAGAAAAGAGUUGGCCCAAGAAUUGAACCCUGUGGCACCCCCAUAGAGACUGCCAUAGGUCCAGACAACAGGCCCUCCGAUUUGACACAUUGAACUCUAUCUGAGAAGUAGUUGGUGAACCAGGCGAGGCAGUCAUUUGAGAAACCAAGGCUAUUUAGUCUGCCAAUAAGAAUGCGGUGGUUGACAGAGUCGAAAGCCUUGGCCAGGUCGAUGAAGACGGCUGCACAGUACUGUCUAUUAUCGAUCGCGGUUAUAAUAUCGUUUAGGACCUUGAGCGUGGCUGAAGUGCACCCAUGACCAGCUCGGAAAACGGAUUGCAUAGCGGAGAAGGUACGGUGGGAUUCGAAAUGGUCGGUGAUCUGUUUGUUAACUUGGCUUUCAAAAACUUUCGAAAGGCAGGGCAGGAUGGGUAUAGGUCUGUAACAGUUUGGAUCUAGAGUGUCACCCCCUUUGAAGAGGGGGAUGACCGCGGCAGCUUUCCAAUCUCUGGGGAUCUCAGACGUUACAAAAGAGAGGUUGAACAGGCUAGUAAUAGGGGUUGCGACAAUUUCGGCGGCUAGUUUUAGAAAGAAAGGGUCCAGAUUGUCUAGCCCAGCUGAUUUGUAGGGGUCCAGAUUUUGCAGCUCUUUCAGAACAUCAGCUGUCUGAAUUUGUGUGAAGGAGAAGUGGGGGGGGCAUGGGCUAGUUGCAGCGGAGGGUGCAGAGCUGGUGGCCGGGGUAGUGGUAGCCAGGUGGAAAGCAUGGCCAGCCGUAGCAAAAUGCUUGUUGAAAUUCUCGAUUAUUGUAGAUUUAUCGGUGGUGAGUGUUUCCUAGCCUCAGUGCAGUGGGCAGCUGGGAGGAAGUGCUCUUAUUCUCCAUGGACUUUACAGUGUCCCAAAACUUUUUGGAGUUAGUGCUACAGGAUGCAAAUUUCUGUUUGGAAAAGUUAGCCUUUGCUUUCCUGACUGCUUGUGUAUAUUGGUUCCUAACUUCCCUGAAAAGUUGCAUAUCGCGGGGGCUAUUUGAUGCUAAUGCAGUACGCCACAGGAUGUUUUUGUGCUGGUCAAGGGCAGUCAAGUCUGAGGAGAACCAGGGGCUAUAUCUGUUCUUAGUUCUGUAUUUUUUGAAUGGGGCAUGUUUAUUUAAGAUUGAGAGGAAAUUACUUUUAAAGAACAACCAGGCAUCCUCUACUGACGGAAUGAGAUCUAAAUCCAUCCAGGAUACCUGGGCCAGGUCAAUUAGGAAGGCCUGCUCGCUAAAGUGUUUUAGGGAGCGUUUGACAGUGAUGAGGGGUGGUCGUUUGACCGCGGACCCGUUACGGACGCAGGCAAUAAGGCAGUGAUCGCUGAGAUCCUGGUUUAAGACAGCGGAGGUGUAUUUAGAGGGUAAGUUAGUCAGGAUGAUAUCUAUGAGGGUACCCAUGUUUACGGAUUUAGGGUUGUACCUGGUAGGUCCGUUGAUAAUUUGUGUGAGAUUGAGGGCAUCUAGUUUGGAUUGUAGGAUGGCCGGGGUGUUAAGCAUAUCCCAAUUUAGGUCACCAAGCAGUAUGAACUCUGAGGAUAAAUGGGGGGCAAUCAAUUCACAUAUGGUGUCCAGGGCACAGCUGGGGGCUGAGGGGGGUCUGUAGCAAGUGUCAACAGUGAGAGACUUAUUUCUGGAAAGGUGGAUUUUUAGAAGUAGAAGCUCAAACUGUUUGGGCACCGACCUGGAUAGUAUGAUAGAGCUCUGCAGGCUCUCUCUACAGUAGAUUGCAACUCCACCCCCUUUGGCAGUUCUAUCUAGACGGAAAAUGUUAUAGUUGGGGAUGGAAAUUUCAGAAUUUUUGGUGGCCUUCCUAAGCCAGGAUUCAGACACUGCUAGAACAUCAGGGUUGGCGGAGUGUGCUAACGCAGUGAAUAACUCAAACUUAGGAAGUAGACUUCUGAUAUUUACAUGCAAGAAACCAAGGCUUUUGCGAUUACAGAAGUCAGCAAAUGAUAGCGCCUGGGGAGUAGGAGUGAUACUGAGGGCUGCAGGGCCUGGGUUAGCCUCUACAUCACCGGAGGACUAGAAUAAGGAUACGGCUAAAGGCUUUAAGAACUGGUCUUCUAGUGCGUUGGGUACAUAGAAUAAAGGGGGCAGAUUUCCGGGCGUUGUAGAAAAGAUUCAGGGCAUUAUGUACAGACAAGGAUAUGAGUAAAGUGGAGGUAAACCUAAGCGUUGGGUAACAAUGAAAGAGAGAGCAUCACUGGAGGCAUCAAUUGAGUCGGUCUCCGCGUGUAUGGGGGGUGGGACAAAGGAGCUAUCUAAGGCAGAUUUAGCUGGGCUGGGGGAUCUACAGUGAAAUAGUACAAUUAGAAAUAACCGAAACAACAAUAAGCUAACCAUAGUGACAUGGGAGAGAGGCAUAAAGCAAUCACAGGUGUAAUUUGAGAGAGCUAAGACAACAGCUGGUAAUGACGACACAGUUUGGGCUGAGGCUAAACAUAAACAGGAUGCAGUACCGUAAAAAGGAACAGUCCAGUAGACAUCAGCUGUAUAGCUGAGUUAUCAUAAGGUCCGGUGAACAGCAAUAGGAUAGUUCGGAGGUAGUUCGGGGGCUGCUAAAGCACUAGCGAGCAAGAGGCCACGGCUAGCGUGUGCUAGCGGGCUGGGGCUAGCAGAUGGAAUCUUCGUGGUCGACGUCGUAACGGGACGGGACAUGUGGGUGGGCAUAGGCCCACCCACAUGGGAGCAAGGCCCACCCACUGGGGAGCCAUGCCCAUCCAAUCAGAAUGAUUUUUUCCCCAUAAAAGGGCAUUAUUACAGACAGAAAUACUCCUCAGUUUCAUCAGCUGUCCGAAGUGGCUGGUCUGAGAUGAUCCCGCAGGUGAAGAAGCCAGAUGUGGAGGUCCUAGGCUAGUGUGGUUACACAUGGUCUGUGGUUGUGAGGCCGGUUGGACGUACUGCCAAAUUCUCUAAAACGACAUCUUACGGUAGAGAAAUAAACAUUACAUUCUCUGGCAUCAGCUCUGGUGGACAUUCCUGCAGUCAGCAUGCCAAUUGCAUGCUCCCUCAACUUGAGACAUUUUUGGCAUUAUGUUGUGUGACAAAACUGCACUUUUUAAAGUGGUAUUUUAUUGUCCCCAGCACAAGGUGCACCUUUGUAAUAUCAUGCUGUUUAAUCAUCUUCUUGAUAUGCCACACCUGUUAGGUGGAUGGAUUAUCUUGGCAAAGGAGAAUGCUCACUAACAGGGAUGUGCACAAAUGUGUUUACAACAUUUGAGAGAACUAUGUUUUUUGUGCGUAUGGAACAUUUCUGGGUUAUUUUAUUUCAGCUCAUUAAACAUGGGACCAACACUUAUAUGUUGCGUUUUAUAUUUUUGUUCAGUGUAUAAAAUGUCUUGCACAACUAGUUAAAUUAGUUUAUAUCACUUUACACAUUUAUUUAGGGCUUCCACCCCUGUAAAUGUAAUUUGCCUGAUGAGAUGCGAGUGGAGAAGUCUCAUUUCAUACAAGCGCAUUUAUUUCCACGUUUCCUCGCCUCCGCUCCUUGACUACCUUUGACCAUUUUCAAAAGGAAGCUAGGAGAGGAUGGACCAGGGAUGAGCAACUCCAGUCCAUGGGGGCCUAAUUGGUGUCACACUUUUGCCCCAGCAAACACACCUGACUCCAAUAAUCAACUAAUUAUGAUCUUCAGUUUAGAAUGCAAUUAGUUUAAUCAGCUGUGUUUGCUAGGGAUGGGGGAAAAGUGACACCACUCCGGCCCCCGAGGACUGGAGUUGCCCAUCCCUGAUAUAAACCAACAUGCAUGGCAUUUAUACAGUGGGCCAGUUCAAGCUGCUUGAUGCUAGAUUUGAUGUUUUGAACUCCUAUUGUUUACAUAUUACCUUGAUGGUAUUAGUCCUUUUUGUAUCUUGACCUUUCCUAGCUCAUUUAAAUUAAUAAGCACUAGGCUAUUUGUUAAACACACAUGCUUUUCUUACAUCUGUUCAGCAAAUGUCUUUAGAAAAAUACACAAACAGUAGAGCAGUAUCAAAGACAUUUCUUCAUAAUGAAGAAAUGGUCCUCUGUAGCUCAGCUGGUAGAGCACGGCGCUUGUAACGCCAAGGUAGUGGGUUCGAUCCCCGGGACCACCCAUACACAAAAAUGUAUGCGCGCAUGACUGUAAGUCGCUUUGGAUAAAAGUGUCUGCUAAAUGGCAUAUUAUUAUUAUUAUUAUUCAUGUUCUGCACUAUGCUGUGCCAUACAUGAUGAUUUGGGACCUAGCAGUCCCCACAAUUUUCUAUCGAGAAGGGGGCAUUGCUACUAGCGUUAGCGCUAUCUGUUCCCAUAGACUUCCAGUCAUUGAGCAAUUGAGACUGUCCAUUUUAAAAGCGCGUCUUGGCAGAAAUAUAUAUAUAUAUACACUGCUCAAAAAAAUAAAGGGAACACUUAAACAACACAAUGUAACUCCAAGUCAAUCACACUUCUGUGAAAUCAAACUGUCCACUUAGGAAGCAACACUGGUUGACAAUAAAUGUCACUUGCUGUUGUGCAAAUGGAAUAGACAACAGGUGGAAAUUAUAGGCAAUUAGCAAGACACCCCCAAUAAAGGACUGGUUUUGCAGGUGGUGACCACAGACCACUUCUCAGUUCCUUUGCUUCCUGGCUGAUGUUUUGGUCACUUUUGAAUGCUGGCGGUGCUUUCACUCUAGUGGUAGCAUGAGACAGUGUCUACAACCCACACAAGUGGCUCAGGUAGUGCAGCUCAUCCAGGAUGGCACAUCAAUGCGAGCUGUGGCAAGAAGGUUUGCUGUGUCUGUCAGCGUAGUGUCCAGAGCAUGGAGGCGCUACCAGGAGACAGGCCAGUACAUCAGGAGACGUGAAGGAGGCCGUAGGAGGGCAACAACCCAGCAGCAGGACUGCUACUUCCGCCUUUGUGCAAGGAGGAGCAGGAGGAGCACUGCCAGAGCCCUGCAAAAUGACCUCCAGCAGGCCACAAAUGUGCAUGUGUCUGCUCAAACGGUCAGAAACAGACUCCAUGAGGGUGGUAUGAGGGCCCGACGUCCACAGGUGGGGGUUGUGCUUACAGCCCAACACCGUGCAGGACGUUUGGCAUUUGCCAGAGAACACCAAGAUUGGCAAAUUCGCCACUGGCGCCCUGUGCUCUUCACAGAUGAAAGCAGGUUCACACUGAGCACAUGUGACAGAGUCUGGAGACGCCGUGGAGAACGUUCUGCUGCCUGCAACAUCCUCCAGCAUGACCGGUUUGGCGGUGGGUCAGUCAUGGUGUGGGGUGGCAUUUCUUUGGGGGGCCGCACAGUCCUCCAUGUGCUCGCCAGAGGUAGCCUGACUGCCAUUAGGUACCGAGAUGAGAUCCUCAGACCCCUUGUGAGACCAUAUGCUGGUGCGGUUGGCCCUGGGUUCCACCUAAUGCAAGACAAUGCUAGACCUCAUGUGGCUGGAGUGUCAGCAGUUCCUGCAAGAGGAAGGCAUUGAUGCUAUGGACUGGCCCGCCCGUUCCCCAGACCUGAAUCCAAUUGAGCACAUCUGGGACAUCAUGUCUCGCUCCAUCCACCAACGCCACGUUGCACCACAGACUGUCCAGGAGUUGGCGGAUGCUUUAGUCCAGGUCUGGGAGGAGAUCCCUCAGGAGACCAUCCGCCACCUCAUCAGGAGCAUGCCCAGGCAUUGUAGGGAGGUCAUACAGGCACGUGGAGGCCACACACACUACUGAGCCUCAUUUUGACUUGUUUUAAGGACAUUACAUCAAAGUUGGAUCAGCCUGUAGUGUGGUUUUCCACUUUAAUUUUGAGGGUGACUCCAAAUCCAGACCUCCAUGGGUUGAUACAUUUGAUUUCCAUUGAUAAUUUUUGUGUGAUUUUGUUGUCUGCACAUUCAACUAUGUAAAGAAAAAAGUAUUUAAUAAGAUUAUUUCAUUCAUUCAGAUCUAGGAUGUGUUAUUUUAGUGUUCCCUUUAUUUUUUUGAGCAGUAUAUACAGUGGGGAGAACAAGUAUUUGAUACACUGCCGAUUUUGCAGGUUUUCCUACUUACAAAGCAUGUAGAGGUCUGUAAUUUUUAUCAUAGGUACACUUCAACUGUGAGAGACGGAAUCUAAAACAAAAAUCCAGAAAAUCACAUUGUAUGAUUUUUAAGUAAUUCAUUUGCAUUUUAUAUAUAUAUAUAUAUAUAUAUAUAUAUAUAUAUAUAUAUAUAUAUAUAUACAUACAGUUGAAGUCGGAAGUUUACAUACACUUCAACCACUCAACAAAUUUCAUUUUAACAAACUAUAGUUUUGGCAAGUUGGUUAGGACAUCUACUUUGUGCAUGACACAAGUCAUUUUUCCAACAAUUGUUUACAGACAGAUUAUUUCACUUAUAAUUCACUGUAUCACAAUUCCAGUGGGUCAGAAGUUUACAUACACUAAGUUGACUAGGCGUUUAAACAGCUUGGAAAAUACCAGAAAAUGAUGGAAUGGUUUUAGAAGCUUCUGAUAGGCUAAUUGACAUCAUUUGAGUCAAUUGGAGGUGUACCUGUGGAUGUAUUUCAAGGCCUACCUUCAAACUCAGUGCCUCUUUGCUUGACAUCAUGGGAAAAUCAAAAGAAAUCAGCCAAGACCCCAUAAAAAUAAUUGUAGACCUCCACAAGUCUGGUUCAUCCUUGGGAGCAAUUUCCAAUUGCCUGAAGGUACCACGUUCAUCUGUACAAACAAUAGUACGCAAGUAUAAACACCAUGGGACCACACAGCCGUCAUACCGCUCAGGAAGGAGACACGUUCUGUCUCCUAGAGAUGAACGUACUUUGGUGCGAAAGUGCAAAUCAAUCCCAGAACUAUGAAAUAACACAUAUGGAAUCAUGUGGUAACCAAAAAAGUGUUAAACAAAUCAAAAUAUAUUUUAUAUUUGAGAUUCUUCAAAGUAGCCACCCUUUGCCUUGAUGACAGCUUUGCACACUCUUGGCAUUCUCUCAACCAGCUUCAUGAGGUAGUUACCUGGAAUGUAUUUCAAUUAAUAGGUGUGCCUUCUUAAAAGUUAAUUUAUGGAAUCUCUUUCCUUCUUAAUGCGUUUGAGCCAAUCAGUUGUGUUGUGACAAGGUAGGGGUGGUAUACAGAAGAUAGCCCUAUUUGGUAAAAGACCAAGUCCAUAUUAUGGCAAGAACAGCUCAAAUAAGCAAAGAGAAACGACAGUCCAUUAUUACUUCAAGACAUGAAGGUCAGUCAAUCUGGAAAAUUUCAAGAACUUUGAAAGUUUCUUCAAGUGCAGUCGCAAAAACCAUCAAGCGCUAUGAUGAAACUGGCUCUCAUGAGGACCGCCACAAGAAAGGAAGAUCCAGAGUUACCUCUACUGCAGAGGAUAAGUUCAUUAGAGUUACCAGCCUCAGAAAUUGCAGCCCAAAUAAAACUUCACAAAGUUCAAGUAACAGACACAUCUCAACAUCAACUGUUCAGAGGAGACUGCGUGAAUCAGGCCUUCAUGGUCGAAUUGCUGCAAUGAAACCACUACUAAAGGACACCAAUAAUAAGAAGAGACUUACUUGGGCCAAAAAACACGAGCAAUGGACAUUAGACCGGUGGAAAUCUGACCUUUGGUCUGAUGAGUCCAAAUUUGAGAUUUUUGGUUUCAAACGCCCUGUCUUUGAGAGUAGGUGAACGGGUGAUUGCUGCAUGUUUAUUUCCCACCAUGAAGCAUGGAGGAGGAGGUGUGAUGUUGUGGGGGUACUUUGCUGGUGACACUGUCUGUGAUUUAUUUAGAAUUCAAGGCACACAGCAUUCUGCAGCGAUACGCCAUCCCAUCUAGUUUGCGCUUAGUGGGAUUAUCAUUUGUUUUUCAACAGGACAAUGACCCAAAACACACCUCCAGGCUGUGUAAGGGCUAUUUGACCAAGGAGAGUGAUGGAGGGCUGCAUCGGAUGACCUGUCCUGUAUGUAUAUAAACCUUUUUCAGGACCCUGUCUUUCAAAGAUAAUUCCAAAUAACUUCAUCGAUCUUCAUUGUAAAGGGUUUAAACACUGUUUCCCAUGCUUGUUCAGUGAACCAUAAACAAUUAAUGAACAUGCACCUGUGGAACGGUCGUUAAGACACUAACAGCUUACAGACGGUAGGCAAUUAAGGUCACAGUUAUGAAAAAUUAGGACACUAAAGAGGCCUUUCUACUGACUCUGAAUAACACCAAAAGAAAUAUGCCCAGGGUCCCCGCGCAUCUGCAUGAAUGUGCCUUACGCAUGCUGCAAGGAGGCAUGAGGACUGCAGAUGUGGCCAGGGCAAUAAAUUGCAAUAUCCUUACUGUGAGGCGCCUAAGACAGCGCUACAGGGAGACAGGACGGACAGCUGAUUGUCCUCGCAGUGGCAGACCACGUGUAACAACACCUGCACAGGAUCGGUACAUCCAAACAUCACACCUGCGGGACAGGUACAGGAUGGCAACAACUGCCCGAGUUACACCAGGAACACACAAUCCCUCCAUCAGUGCUCAGACUGUCCGCAAUAGGCUGAGAGAGGCUGGACUGAGGGCUUGUAGGCCUGUUUUAAGGCAGGUCCUCACCAGACAUCACCGGCAACGUUGUUGCCUAUGGGCACAAACCCACCGUCGCUGGACCAGACAGGACUGGCAAAAAGUGCUGUUCACUGACGAGUCGCGGUUUUGUCUCACCGGGGGUGAUGGUUGGAUUCGCGUUUAUCGUCGAAGGAAUGAGCGUUACACCGAGGCCUGUACUCUGGAGCGGGAUCGAUUUGGAGGUGGAGGGUCCGUCAUGGUCUGGGGCGGUGUGUCACAGCAUCAUCGGACUGAGCUUGUUGUCAUUGUAGGCAAUCUCAAUGCUGUGCGUUACAGGGAAGACAUCCUCCUCCCUCAUGUGGUACCCUUCCUGCAGGCUCAUCCUGACAUUACCCUCCAGCAUGGAAAUGCCACCAGCCAUACUGCUCGUUCUGUGUGUGAUUUCCUGCAAGACAGGAAUGUCAGUGUUCUGCCAUGGCUAGCGAAGAGCCCGGAUCUCAAAUCCCAUUGAGCACGUCUGGGACCUGUUGGAUCGGAGGGUGAGGGCUUGGGCUAUUCCCCUCAGAAAUGUCCGGGAACUUGCAGGUGCCUUGGUGGAAGGGUGGGGUAACAUCUCACAGCAAGAACUGGCAAAUCUGGUGCAGUCCAUGAGGAGGAGAUGCACUGCAGUACUUAAUGCAGCUGGUGGCCACACCAGAUACUGACUGUUACUUUUGAUUUUGACCCCCCCUUUGUUCAGGGACACAUUAUUCCAUUUCUGUAAGUCACGUCUGUGGAACUUGUUCAGUUUGUCUCAGUUGUUGAAUCUUGUUAUGUUCAUACAAAUAUUUGUUAAGUUUGCUGAAAAUAAACGCAGUUGACAGUGAGAGGACGUUUCUUUUUUUGCUGAGUUUAUAUAAUUGUUUUAAACAUAUUUUUUAAUAAAUUCUAAAUGAAUAUCAGGAAAGCAUUGAACAUUUUAUGGUAAUCAACCUUAGUGGAGGCUCAAAUCUUCCAUAUUCUUGAGUGCAUGAUCUACAAUCAAGCAGGACGUUUUCCUUUCGCGUGCCAUCAUUUUAAUCUGUGAAUGCACACACAACUUUGCAUCCAGAAAUUGCGCCAUGGAAACAAGCAUCACCACUUAAUUGGUAUGCUGCGUAUAGUACUAGGCCUAUAAGACUUUCAAAGAUACUCGGCAACUAGCCUAUAUGAGAUAUUAGUAGACCCAGACUUAGCCUUUAGGUUUUUGAUGAAGGAGGUACCCAACAUAACCUGCUUGAUUUAGGCUAAUCCCCUGUCAGGGCUCGACGUUACUCAUCUAUCUAUAGGCUAUACUAUAGGGCCCAACAUCUUAAGUGUUUUAUGAAACAUGGCUAAUCUUAAACUUUGAUAAUGUUAUAUCUUUCAUAGAUCUCUCCCUCAGCUCUGAUUCUCUGUUAUAUUAAGGCUAAAAAGGACUGCAAGGUUGAGUGAAUUUGAUGGACCUGGGGUAAGAAAGGGUAAGAGACUGAAAAUGGUUUUGCAUCAGUUAUAUUGAAAUCAGUUAAGCAUUAUCUGCACAUGGCCACAGAUUCCUCACAAAAUGUAAUCCAUAGAAGGGUCCUUUUGGAGGAAGGAUUGUUUACAAAUAUUUGACAUUUGAUCUUAAUGCAUAAUUGAAGUUGGAAUAUUUGCAACAUUUUGGCCUCACCCAGGCCUCCUUUAAGACUAUGUUAUAUCUGUAGGUGCUACAAAGCAAUAAUUGGUGUCAUAUGAAGCUUUACCGUUUGCUCUAUAAUAUGAUUAGUAUUUUGAUAUGACAUAAAGAUGGCAGAUUACAGAUAAUUACAUUAUUUUAGCUCUAUCCACAGUUUCUAAACUACGGGGCACGACAUGGUUCAAUGCACCAAUAAAUCAGCACAAUCUACUUUCUCUGUUUUUGAAAUUGCUGGCAUCUUCGAGCUAGAAUUGGGAUCAUACUAUGCUAAUGCCCAUACAAAAAAAGUAAUGUAGAGCAAUCUACAAUAUGGUGAAUUUGGCAAACGAGGCAUUUGUGGUAAAUGCAUAGAGGCAGCCAUCUUUAUGCACGUUUUCCAUUGGCAUAGUAGGCAAUGUAACCAAUCACAAAUCACCAGCAGAGGGCAACCAUUUUGAAUCCAUUUUACAUUUACAUUAACAUUUUAGUAAUUUUAGCAGAAGUUCUUAUCCAGAGCAACCUACAGUUAGUGCAUUCAUCUUAAGAUAGCUAGGUGGGACCACCACAUUGUCACAUUUACUCUGUUGGUAGCCUAAUGCUUACAAAUUUGUUUAAUAACGUUGUUCAUUAAACAGACAAUACACACAUACUUUAUAGUAAGAAUAUAAUGGAAUAUAACUGAAUAAAAUACAAAUAAUAUUGUUCCCACACAACUUGUCACAGGAAUGUGUGGAACCGCUAUCAUAUAAAAAGUCAUAUUUUGAAACAGAGCCCAAGCACACACAGACACUCGAACACACGCAUUAUUCUUUAGUUGUAUUGUUUGUAUUAUUUUUGUGUUGUAUUGUUUGUAUAUCAUUGUAUUUUGCUGCCUUUGAUACUGUGAACCAUCAGAUCCUCCUCUCCACCCUCUCCGAGCUGGGCAUCUCCGGCGCGGCUCACUCCUGGAUCGCGUCCUACCUGACCGGUCGCUCCUACCAAGUGGCGUGGCGAGAAGCUGUCUCCGCACCACGUGCUCUCACCACUGGUGUCCCCCAGGGCUCAGUUCUAGGCCCUCUCCUAUUCUCCCUAUACACCAAGUCACUUGGCUCUGUCAUAUCCUCACAUGGCCUCUCCUAUCAUUGCUACGCUGACGAUACACAACUAAUCUUCUCCUUUCCCCCUUCUGAUAACCAGGUGGCGAAUCGCAUCUCUGCAUGUCUGGCAGACAUAUCAGUAUGGAUGACGGAUCACCACCUCAAGCUGAACCUUGGCAAGACGGAGCUGCUCUUCCUCCCGGGGAAGGACUGCCCGUUCCAUGAUCUCGCCAUCACGGUUGACAACUCCAUUGUGUCCUCCUCCCAGAGUGCGAAGAGCCUUGGUGUGACCCUGGACAAUACCCUGUCGUUCUCCGCUAACAUCAAGGCGGUGACCCGAUCCUGCAGGUUCAUGCUCUACAACAUUCGGAGAGUACGACCCUGCCUUACACAGGAAGCGGCACAGGUCCUAAUCCAGGCACUUGUCAUCUCCCGUCUGGAUUACUGCAACUCGCUGUUGGCUGGGCUCCCUGCCUGUGCCAUUAAACCCCUACAACUCAUCCAGAAUGGCGCAGCCCGUCUGGUGUUCAACCUUCCCAAGUUCUCUCACGUCACCCCGCUCCUCCGCACACUCCACUGGCUUCCAGUUGAAGCUCGCAUCUGUUACAAGACCAUGGUGCUUGCCUAUGGAGCUGUGAGGGGAUCGGCACCUCUGUACCUUCAGGCUCUGAUCAGUCCCUACAUCCAAACGAGGGCAUUGCGUUCAUCCACCUCUGGCCUGCUGGCUCCCCUUCCUCUGCGGAAGCAUAGUUCCCGCUCAGCCCAGUCAAAACUGUUCGCUUCUCUGGCACCCCAAUGGUGGAACAAGCUCCCUCACGACGCCAGGACAGCGGAGUCACUCACCACCUUCCGGAGACAUUUGAAACCCCACCUCUUUAAGGAAUACCUGGGAUAGGAUAAAGUAAUCCUUCUACCCCCCCCCCCCCCUAAAAAAAAAAAGAUAUUGAUAUUGUAAAGUGGUUAUCCCACUGGCUAUAGGGUGAAUGCACCUAUUUGUAAGUCGCUCUGGAUAAGAGCGUCUGCUAAAUGACGUAAAUGUAUUUUAAAAUUGUGUGACUGUCCUUGUGUAUCAGUGUUUUCUUACUUAUGUUUUGUGUUUUUUGUGAACCCCACGAAGAGUAGCUACUGCUUCUGCAAAAGCUAACAGGGAUCCAAAUAAACAAAUCCAAGCCCAUGCCUUUUUGAUCCACGUUUCAUCUUUCCUACCCUCACUCUACUUUGUUAGGGAUCAGCUGUAGUGUCUUCAUCAUGAUACCGAUAGAAAAUAAUACAAAUCCUAUUUUCAAAAGCAUGUGACUCUCGUGUUCAUAUUUCACAACUUCUGCGGACCUUUGGAGUUGCCUAUAUGCGAUCGGGCAAAAUAAUAGGCCUACACUUGAUUUUAGGCUACAUUAUUGCAUGCUAAAUGUUUCUGAUCAGUGAUAAAUGAGCAAACGAAUAGAUGAGCUUAUACCACAUCCACUUGCCCAGCAGGAAACCAAUUGACCAAAUAGCCUAUACAGACAGAUUCAGUGAAACAAAAUCACAUUGAUUAUCAGACAAGGCCAUGAAUUCACAGGCUUUUGGUUGGGAGUAGCCCUAGGCUACCAAGAGACUGCGAGUGAAGAGCAAAAUAAUACACUUGUUAAACUACAUAACAUGCUGACACAAUUUUCUAAUACAUGAGCCAACUAAACAAGAUGAUCCUGAGCAGCACUCACCUCAAUUUAGCUAACAUUUCCCAGCCUAAUUGUAGCCUAACCAAUAUCCAAACGGAGAUUCAGUGAAAACCAAAAUCUGAUAUUGAUUUAACAAGACGAGUCCCCACGCUUGUCUCAAAGCAGCGCGAUGGCGCUGUCCCAAUCAAAACAGUGCUGAAAUUAUCAUCUAGAUGACCACGUGCGGGUAGGCUAUUGCUUCAAAUGUAUUACAAGGAUUGGAUGACACUGAGUUUCAGUAAGCAACAAUUUGAUACAUGCCUUCAAUUGCAUUAGCCUACUUGAUUCAAAUAUUUUCAUAAUUCAGUGAUAUUUAUUCCCACAGUAAUGUUUUAUUGAUCCAUCCAGUUGUGGUUAAGAUAACAGUGCAUGCUUAGUGGUGGGCUAUGCGAAGAGAUGGACAAAGUUACAUGCCUCGCAAAGUUUAUAACUGGCAGGAUGGUAACAUGGCGCUGCCUAGCAACCAUAAAGAGUUUAAGAGCGUAGUGCGUGCCAAUGCCGCGUUAGCAUUGCGGCUACAUUUCAUACUAACCUGUAGGCAGAACUUUACCGGAAUGAUUACUAGGUUGUUUGGCAGAAAUAAAAGUUUAGGCUUUGAUACCUGCCUAACCUUUCAGAUAUAAAGAAAAGGCAGAAAAAAAGUUGACGGUAUGGUAAAGUUGGCGGAAAAACGUCUUGCUAUGAAAGGCAUAUAGGUCAUUAGGUGGCUUUGAAUUUGCCAUAACCCCCUAUCCCUUUCAGAUAUAUGAAAAAGCUGGUAUAAAAAAGCAGGCAUGGUAAAUUAGUGAGAUUUUGGUCUGUGUAUGAAAGGGAUAAUUCAGUGUUGUCCUUACCAAUGCUAGCCCUCCCAGUUAUGUUGCCUCUUGCCUGAAAGAAUUUGACCUCCACUGCCCUGGGGGCUGUUACAGGGACCUCUGCACCCCACCAGCAACAUUUGUUUUUAGGGAGAACAUUGCCAAUGCCAUACUUUUCCUAUUUCCCAUUCACUUUAUCAAACCUCAUGGGUUUUACAGAGCAUAUAGCCUAGCAUUGUAGUGAAUUCCUCUCCAUAUUUCUGCACCUUCAACAAUGACAGCCAGGUCGAUAUGCAUUUGAUAGAAAGUGUGUACUUUUCACUAAUAAAACAACAUGAACAUCCUACAGUCAAGUCAAACCCUCUGCUCCAUGGUGUGGUAAUUGUGCCCCAACAGUUAAUCCUUUCACCAUCUUCUUGCGCGCCCUAAUAUUACGCUAAAUAUUUAAAGGACUGGAGCCAUCAUGUAGUAAGUUUUUGCCUGAGGAGAAUCAUAAAUCCCACCAUUUAAUAUGUUCUCUGGAGCACAGAGGCCCAAAAGGCUUUCGCUCAAAAAGAAUACAGAAGAGCCUCUCCACUGUCUGCAAUGGAGAACUGUUGGAAACAUGAAAGACGUCUCAUUAAUUUUAUUUCAGUUGCAAUACUGUCCAUUUUAGAUCAUUGACAUGUUUUAUUUUUUGCCAUUAUUAGACUUCGCUGCCUGUAGCCUAUGCCUUUUUUGAUGUUGUCGGAAUCACUAUGGGUGCGUUGGUAAAUUCGCUCUGGCUAUCUACUCCGAUUUCAGAGCACUCUCGUCUGAGUGUGCCAGAGCGCAGAAUAACUGAUGAAUUUACGAAAGCUCAACACCUGUUGAAUAUGGCCUGUCAGUAAACGUCGGCAAAAAAAAGCAUAAUUAAAUUGUUGCCAGCAGCACAGUUAGUCACCAACGCUCUGGAUAACAUGAAAACAGCCUAACCAGCUCUGCUAUGGCGAGUAAAAUGGUCAGAGUGAGGUUGUUCUCUCAUUUGUGUCUGGAAGUAGCUAGUAAGCUAGCCAACGUUAGCCAGUUAGCUUGGGUGCUUGACUUCCGUUGUGAGGUCAGAACGCUCGGAUCAACCCUACUCCUCGGCCAGAGCGUCCAGUGUGCGCUCUGAGAGCGUAACUCUCUGAAUUUACGAAUGGACAAUCUGACAACGCUCUGAAUUUACGAACACCCAGAGCACACUCUGGCACUCCAGAUUAAAUUUACGAACACACCCUAUGUGUCAUGAGUUGGCUGAAGUCUAUGUUGACAUGCCAACUUUUGAUUGUCGCAGCAGCUGUCAAGAUGGCUGUCGGGCAUUGUGCCAGCACCAGCAAGUAGCUUACCUCGUCACUGGAACGACACUAAUAGUGUUUUAAAGCUCAGACACAGCCCAUUUGAGUUAAGGCCUAGUUGAUUUUAUUAAUCAGGGAUUUUCUGUCAUUGAAAUCCUUGGGCGGCCGCCUAAGCGUUUCUUUUUUGGAUGGCCUAAAAUAACACAAAAACUAAAUUGUUUUCGGGAUGGAAAAACGCUUUUAAAUUACUAAAACCAUAUAUAAAGUAUGUAGAAAAGAUAAUGGACCUAUAUAUAUAUUUUAAGCUGCAAAAUGUCACUUUUUGGAUGUCUGAUCAAAUUGGCAUAGAAAUGUGAGUUAUAGAUCUGUCAUUCUCAUUGAAUGCAAGUUUAAGAAGUGGUUGAUAUGUUCCAUGUGCGCCAUUUCUAUGCCUCUCAUUCUUAAGUUUCGAUUUUGCAUCUCUUACUUCUCAGUUUUGUACACCAGCUUCAAACAGCUGAAAAAUACAAUAUUUUUGGUUAUUGAAAAUAUAUUUCACAGCGGUUUAGAUGGUACUAUGAUUCUCUAUGUCAUAUAAACUGAAAUUAGGCAAACUAUUAGAAUUUUAGCAACCAGGAAUAGGUGGAGCAAUUUCUGCAUAUUGCACUUUUAAUAAUAUAAUCUUUGAGAAUUUACAAUCACCAAAAUAAAAACGACACAGUCAGGGAGAUUAAAAUAUAUAUAUGUACAAUGUAUUGAUUUUGCUAUUAUGUUUGAGAUAAUGAACAUAGCAUUAGCAAUGCAUAGAAUUGCAUGAAAUAUGCUUUCAAACUGCAACAUUUUCCCUCAGUUGCAAGUCAAAAUGUGUGUAGUAUUGCAGGAAAUUAGCUUUAAGAUGCAAAAAUGUCUACAUCGCCAAGAUAGGGGCCUCUAAACACCCCGGUUCAUAAGUUUCUACAAGGUCCUUAAAGCAAUAGACCUAUCUUUACUUUGGGGGCUUAUUGUGGGUGUAUGGCAUUUUGUUUCUGCUCUUGGAGGUGGCACUUUGAAUCAAUCCUGCAAUCCCUAUAGGAAAACAGUCUGCUACUUCCGACUCGCAAGCAAUUACAAGUUUGAAUCAAGUUUGAAUAGCCUGUAUGGUGGUCACACUCUGUUUAGUCCAUAUUGAUCGUACGUUCAGAGCCUUAGGGUAAUUAAUCAGUCUUGACUCCGCUAAUGACUCCAUUUCGGUCUUAAGCUAUCUUGUGUAAUGGUCUAGACUCCAAAGCCAAGUUACCUUAGUUCAACCACAGUCAACUGAACACAUUCAUGACCAUUUGGAGGUACAAAACUGUUAGGCUACCUAGAAAUGUUCUGUAUGUAGAUCCAGGUGUGGUUAGUGUAUUGUUCAGCCUUUUGCCUUUUGAGGAUCUAAUGCUAUAGCCUAAGUCAUUCUAGUAUUCGUCUUGGCAAUGAAGACCGGUGUUACAAGUGUGAUUAGGGUCCCACAUAUUUAGGCCUAUAACUACACUACCGCCAAAUUGAAUCUGGUGUUGAUCCUUAUUCAUUGUCUUUCAAUCUGUGCUUGUUACAAAAAAUAAUCACAGUAGCUUUGUUGCUGUACCCACUAGGCUUUCUAUAGUGUGAUUCCACUCUGUCUAAAUGAACAAUCAUCACUCACUUACAGCAAACAUUACUCAAUGUGCCAUAAUUGAUCAAAUAGAAAGCCCCAAAUAACACUGAACCUAGUAUGGAACAGUGUUCAGCGUUAAUUGUAUGAAUCUAUCGUUGGUAUCAGUGGGGGAUAAGCAGUGACACUGAGUAACAGAUAAUCGCUUUCUUGUAACGGCGCCAGCGGCUGCAUUAGCUAACCUAGACCUUUGUGAAGCAACUCAAUGAUGAGGGGGAAUGAUUGAUGCAGAAAUCUCUAGAAUUAUUAUCCAACAAGCCAGUGUUUUGAUUUGAAGUGCUUAGAGUACCAUAGGAAUAAGCAGCGAAGGCUUAAGUAGGCUACCUGUCUGUCCCAGAUAAAGAAUGUUUGCUAAAUGUUGUCAGAGUUACUACAUCUUUGAGACUGCAGAUGGCAUUAUACACCUACGCAGGCCUCAGUCCCAUGUGCUUGUCCAACUCGAUGGUCCUCUGCCAAAUAGGGCAACACCGCAUCAUCUGUAAUUGAACUCUGGGAAAGAUUAGCCGAGGAUUCCAAGGAUUCCAAUUUACUUUUGGGAGAAAAUGAAUUGAAAUUGUUUCUGCUGUGCAAAUCCCCACAGAUCUGGAGUUGCUUAGACCAAUCUGGAGUUGCUCAGACCAUCUACAAACUAUUGGCCUACAUGUAUUAAAGCUAUGCAAGCUGAAACUCUGACAUAUAGUAACUCCUCAGCCUCCCUAUGUGUUAAAGUAAGCCUCGAUGUUGCAGUUUACACUUGGCCUAAUGAAACUUAGUCUGUAUUUAUGAAGAUCUGCAAAUAAUCUGUAUGAACCAAAAGUAUAAAUAUGUUAGGUCUACCCUUACUUUUUCAACCUCUGUACCACAAGUGUUCUACUAUGAUUUUAAUAUUGGGCGAUUCCAGCGUUAUGGAUUAUACAUUUGGACGCAAAAUUACAACUUUAAGGUCUCAGAGAAUGCACGAACAAAAUUUAAAUUAAACAUUUGAUGUGUGUGUCUAUAGCACCCCUUGGGGGGGGGAGUGUACUCCUAUAACCAAAAAAGCGGGCUUCUAAAUAUUGGCAUGUUGGAGAAAUAAAGCAAAUAAGAGGCGUUGUGGAUCUUAGCCUACAUGUAAUGGACAAGCGUUUGGGGGAGACUGAACAUAUUACCAAAAGUCUGAGUUUGUAAGGCUUAGGUCAAAACAUAGAUAGCCAUUUUCGAAGGAAAGGCGUGGUUGAACACAAAAACGAUAAUUACGAAAAGAUUGUGAUUUCCAUUAUUACUUUAGAGAGGAAAAAUGACCUUUAUGGAUGGUACAGAGUCUGAAAUAGACAUUAAAAUUUAAACAGAUUUGUGACCGACCGACUCGAUUCGGUCUUAUGUAGCAAAAUUUGAAAUUGUGUUUUUUACAUUGGAUAAAAGUAGAGACUCAGAGCUAUAAAAUGGUAAAUAAUACACUACAGUUGAGGAACAAUGGGAAAGUAAUUCUGCUUUGAAAGUUGAUUAACUUGUAACCUCACUUUUGAGAAAAUAGUCCUUGAAUGUUUUGGUACCUACUGGAGAGCUCUUCUUUGUCUACACCCAUUCAGCAUCAUUCACACCCUCUUAAGCUUUAGCCUCACCCAUCUCUAAGGAUUCACAUGUGAGGCUAUGUACUAAACAAGCAAAGAUUUCAAGACUAAAGGCUGGCUUAUACUACGGGUGUGUUUGUAAAUUUUAUCUGGCGUGCCAGAGUGUGUUGUGGGCGUUCGUAAAUUCAGAGCGUUUCGCUCUCGGAGCGUUCAGCGUGCACACUGGAUGCACUGGAUGAAAAGUAGGGUUGAUCCGAGCGUUCUGUCCUAACAGCAGUCAAGCACCCAAGCUAACUAGCUAACAUUGGCUAGCUUGCUAGCAACUUCCAGACACAAAUGAGAGAACAGCUCACUCUGACCUUUUUACUUGCCCUAGCAGAGCUGAUUAGGCUGUUUUUAUGUUAUCCAGAGCGUUGGUGACUGCAACUGUGCUGCUGGCAACCACAUGACAAUGAUUUUGAGAUAUGAAGACGUUAUUAUAAAUUAAAUGAAACUGUUUCACAAAAAAUGUGCAUAUGAAAACCAUAACUGGCACACAGAUCGGUAGAAAUGGUAAGAUAAAUUGGCAUUCCACAUGAGAAAGGUUGCUGACUCCUCAUGUAGCCUAUUCCCGGCAACUAUAGGAGAGUAACGGCAGAAUCUGCGAAAGCCAGCAGGAGCGGGAGGAGAAUAUUUGGGGCAGGUUAAAGUUUGUUUCUUCUGGUUAUCUAGAUCUCUGGCGCCCUCUUGAGGCAUUUGUCUUAUUUCAUCAAACCGUAAGCAUCAGACAAGCUCAAUGAAUAUAGUUGAUUUUAUUAAAACACAUAAAGGUGUGUCUAUAUAUGGAAAAAUAUACGUUUAAAAAAUGUUGACCAAUCGAUAAGUCGAAAGAACAGACGACUUUCGGUCGACCAAGAUAUUUUUUUUGGUCGGGGACAGCCCUACAUAAAAUACACACAAAUUAGCUCUCAGAGCAUGCGUGACUGUGUGAGUACACACACACAGCAUGUGUCUGGCACACAUGUACAUAAACUUCCCUCAGUGUGCAGUCUGCACCCACAAACACAUACAUUUCAUUUCCCUCAGUGCACAAACAGCAGGGAUGCUGUACAGUUAAUCGCCACAAGGGAAUGCUGGCACUAAUUACAUGGCUUGGACAGUAAAAGCCCUGAUAUCCAUUAUGGAUGAAGGGCUGGUGACAGGCACUGAGUGGGGUGAAGUUGAGUAAGUUCUAAUGCAAGAGUCAGUGAACUGAAUGGGAGCUGGGUGAAAGCAGGGGAGCUCACACAGCAGGCUACUGUGGGAAGCAGGUGUCACAUGGCAUGGCGAGCAACAGGCAGCCCCUGUCGCGAAGGAUACUACAGCCUGAUUACCUCGGAGGGGACUGCACCAUCGGACAAUGUAGCUUAAAAGAGGACACAUUUCCAGACUCUGAGGUUAUCCUACAGCACUAGACCUCAAUGCAGCUCUACCUAGUGCAUGCAGCUUUAGAGUUAGCAGGGGUCUGCAGCAUGUGUCCUGCCCCGGGGGCAAUUUUUCUCCUCGCCACCUGCUUUGUAUUUGUAUUUAUUAUGGAUCCCCAUUAACUGCUGCCAAGGCAGCAGCUACUCUUCCUGGGGUCCAGCAAAAUUAAGGCAGUUAUACAUUUAAAAAACAUUACAAUACAUUCAUAACAGAUUUCACAACAUAUUAAGUUUGUGCCCUCAGGCCUCUGCUCUACUACCACAUAUCUAUAACACAAAAUCCAUGUGUACAUGUGUGUAUAGUGCGUAUGUUAUUGUGUGUUUGUAUGCAUGUGUCUAUGUUUGUGUUGCUUCACAGUCCCUGCUGUUCCAUAAGGUGUAUUUUUAUGUUUUUUAAAUCUAAUUUUACUGCUGGCAUGAGUUACUUGAUGUGGAAUAGAGUUCCAUGUAGUCAUGGCUCUAUGUAGUACUGUGCGCCUCCCAUAGUCUGUUCUUGACUUGGGGACCGUGAAGAGAACUCUGGUGGCAUGUCUUGUGGGGUAUGCAUGUCUGAGCUGUGUGACAGUAGUUCAAACAGACAGCUCGAUUCAUUCAACAUGUCAGUACCUCUCACAAAUACAAGUAGUGAUGAAGUCAGUCUGUUCUCCACUUUGAGCCAGGAGAGAUUGACAUGCAUAUUAUUAAUGUUAGCUCUUUGUGUACAUCCAAGGGCCAGCCGUGUUGCCCUGUCCUGAGCCAAUUGCAAUUUUCCUAAGUCCCUCUUUGUGGCACCUGACCACACGACUGAACAGUAGUCCAGGUGUGACAAAACUAGGGCCUGUAGGACCUGCCUUGUUGAUAGUGCUGUUAAGAAUGCAGAGCAGUGCUUUAUUAUAAACAGACUUCUCCCCAUCCUAGCUACUGUUGUAUCAAUAUGUUUUAACCAUGACAGUUUACAUUCCAGGGUUACUCCAAGCAAUUUAGUCUCCUCAACUUGCUCAAUUUCCACAUUAUUCAUUACAAGAUUUAGUUGAGGUUUAGUAAAUGAUUUGUCCCAAAUACAAUACUUUUAGUUUUUGAAAUAUUUAGGACUAACUUAUUCCUUGCCACCCAUUCUGAAACUAACUGCAGCUCUUUGUUAAGUGUUGCUGUCGUUUCAGUCGCUGUGGUAGCUGACAUGUAUAGUGUUGAGUCAUUCACAUACAUAGACACACUGGCUUUACUCAAAGCCAGUGGCAUGUCGUUAGUAAAGAUUGAAAAAAGUAGGGGGCCUAGACAGCUGCCCUGGGGAAAUCCUGAUUCUACCUGGAUUUUGUUGGCGAGGCUUCCAUUAAAGAACACCCUCUGUGUUCUGUUAGAAAGGUAACUCUUUAUCCACAAUGUAGCAGGGGGUGUAAAGCCAUAACACAUACGUUUUUCCAGCAACAGUCUAUGAUCGAUAAUGUCAAAAGCCGCACUGAAGUCUAACAAACAGCCCCCACAAUCUUUUUAUCAUCAAUUUCUCUCAGCCAAUCAUCAGUCAUUUGUGUAAGUGCUGUGCUUGUUGAAUGUCCUUCCCUAUAAGUGUACUGAAAGUCUGUUGUCAAUUUGUUUACUGUGAAAUAGCAUUUUAUCUCGACAAACACAAUUUUUCCCAAAAGUUUACUACGGGUUGGUAACAGGCUGAUUGGUCGGCUAUUUGAGCCAGUUAAGGGGGCUUUACUAUUCUUAGGUAGGGUAAUAACUUUUGCUUCCCUACAGACCUGAGGGCACACAUUUUCUAGUAGGCUUAAAUUGAAGAUAUGGCAAAUAGGAGUGGCAAUAUCGUCCGCUGUUAUCCUUUGAUGUGGCCCCCCAACUUGUGAUCCCAUUUUGGCAAGGAAUGUUCCUAACAACCCACCCUAUCUAUAGGCUAUUUUGCUUUAUGGCCAGUUAAAGUAGAAAAUUGCAUGAAUUAUGGCCAUUACAGAGUAGGAGGCCAAGUCUCGAAUAAGGCUUUUCAGUCAAUCAUAUUUCAUGGAUUUUUCUAAAUGGCUCACAGAGCUUGUUAAUCCACUCACAGCUGUCAUGUUUGUUAUGAAACUGAGAUGCUAAUGAAGUAAUACAGACCGAAUUGAAGUGUUGAGUUAGGCAGGUUGCCUAGCGGUUAAGAGCAUUGGGCCAGUAACCGAAAAGUAGCUGGUUCGAAAUCCCCAAGCCGAAAAGGUGUAAAAAUGUACCCUUGGGCAAGGCACUUAACCCUAAUUGCUCCUGUAAGUCGCUCUGGAUAAGAGUGUCUGCUAAAUGACUUUUUUAAAUUAUUUUUAAAUUGCUAGUUCUACAGUAUUGUGAAUAUGUGAUUGGAACAGGCAAUGUAACAUCCACAAACGUUUUUGUAAAACAUGCCCCUUACAUUGGACCGUUCUGAAACUUUGUCUGCAAAGCUUUACUUUCCUUAAGGUUUUAAAUGGUCUAUAAUUGGUUUCUCUCUUUUUAUUGUCAGUAUCCCUUUUCAGCAUUAUGAUAUCCAUAACGGUUGUGGAUUUGAUGGAUAUGGAUGUAUCAUCUUCAGAAGCAUGUGCAUUAACCACAUUGUGUGUGCUUGUUCUGAUAUGUAUUCUUUAGACUUUUACUAAAGCAAUUGUUGAUACAUUGAAAAUGAUGUGAUACCUUAGAAAUAUAUGCAGAAAUGCAUUCCUCAUACAUGGCAGUAGUGGUUUUUUUUUUAGAUAGAAAGAUCAGAAGAGUGUUUAUCCACAAUCUGUGAAUAGUCCUGGCUUGUGUUAUUCAAAUGAAACCCCCUAAAAUCUGCUGACUUAAUUCUGUGUCCAGAAAAGUGGACUGGUGGUAUAGACGUAGGCCUCAUUUGCAUACUUUUAUAUAAUAUUUAAGAAAAGGUGUAGUACCAAAAAAUAUAAUAUUUGUCUACAUUUAACUGGUCAUGGUUCAUUUUGAUAUACACUACCAGUCAAAAGUUUGGACACACCUACUCAUUCAAGGGUUGUUCUUUAUUUUUAAAAAAUGUGUACAUUGUAGAAUAAUCGUGAAGAUAUCAAAACUAUGAAAUAACACAUAUGGAAUCAUAUAGUAACCAAAAAAGUGUUAAACAAAUCAAAAUAUAUUUGAGAUUCUUCAAAUAGCCACCCUCUGGCUUGAUGACAGCUUUGCACACUCUUGGCAUUCUCUCAGCCAGCUUCAUGAGGUAGUCACCUGGAAUGCAUUUCAAUUCAACAGGUGUGCCUUCUUAAAAGUUCAUUUGUGGAAUUUAUUUCCUUCUUAAUGCGUUUGAGCCAAUCAGUUAUGUUGUGACAAGGUAGGGGUGGUAUACAGAAGAUAGCCCUAUUUGGUAAAAGACCAAGUCCAUAUUAUGGCAAGAACAGCUCAAAUAAGCAAAGAGAAACGACAGUCCAUCAUUACUUUAAGACAUGAAGGUCAGUCAAUCUGGAAAAUUUCAAGAACUUUGAAAGUUUCUUCAAGUGCAGUCGCAAAAACCAUCAAGCGCUAUGAUGAAACUGGCUCUCAUGAGGACCGCCACAGGAAAGGAAGAUCCAGAGUUACCUCUGCUGCAGAGGAUAAGUUCAUUAGAGCUACCAGCCUCAGUAAUUGCAGCCCAAAUAAAUGCUUCACUGAGUUCAAGUAACAGAAACAUCUCAACAUCAACUGUUCAGAGGAGACAGGCCUUCAUGGUCGAAUUACUGCAAAGAAACCACUGCAAAAGGAAACCAAUAAGAAGAAGAGACCUGCUUGGGCCAAGAAACAUGAGCAAUGGACAUUAGACUGCUGGAAAUUUGUCCUUUGGUCUGGAGUCCAAAUUUGAGAUUUUUGGUUCCAACCGCUGUGUCUUUGUGAGAUGCGGUGUGGGUGAACGGAUGAUCUCCGCAUGUGUAUUUCCCACAGUAAAGCAUGGAGGAGGAGGUGUUAUGGUGUGGGGGUGCUCUGCUGGUGACACUGUCUGUGAUUUAUUUAGAAUUCAAGGCACACUUAACCAGCAUGGCUACCACAGCAUUCUGCAGCGAUACGCCAUCCAAUCUGGUUUGGGUUUAGUGGGACUAUCAUUUGUUUUUCAGCAGGACAAUGACCCAACACACCUCCAGGCUGUGUAAGGGCUAUUUUACCAAGAAGGAGAGUGAUGGAGUGCUGCAUCAGAUGACCUGGCCUCCACAAUCCCCCGACCUCAACCCAAUUGAGAUGGUUUGGGAUGAGUCGGACCGCCGAGUGAAGGAAAAGCAGCCAACAAGUGCUCAGCAUAUGUGGGAACUCCUUCAAGACUGUUGGAAAAGCAUUCCUCAUGAAGCUGGUUGAGAGAAUGCUAAAAGUGUGCAAAGCUGUCAUCAAGGCAAUGGGUGGCUAUUUGAAGAAUCUCAAAUAUAUUUUGAUUUGUUUAACACUUUUUUGGUUACUAUAUGAUUCCAUAUGUGUUAUUUCAUAGAUUUCUUCACUAUUAUUCUAUAGUGUUAAAAAUUAAGAAAAACCCUUGAAUGAGUAGGUGCUGUAUGUGUGUGUGUGUGUGUGUGUAUGUAUAUAUAUGUGUAUAUAUAUAUAUAUAUAUAUAUAUAUAUAUACAUACACACACACACACACACACACACACACACACACACACACACACACACACACACACACACACACACACACACACACACACACACACACACACACACACACACACACACACACACAGUGGGGAGAACAAGUAUUUGAUACACUGCCGAUUUUGCAGGUUUUCCUACUUACAAAGCAUGUAGAGGUCUGUAAUUUUUAUCAUAGGUACACUUCAACUGUGAGAGACGGAAUCUAAAACAAAAAUCCAGAAAAUCACAUUGUAUGAUUUUUAAGUAAUUAAUUUGCAUUUUUUUGCAUGACAUAAGUAUUUGAUCACCUACCAACCAGUAAGAAUUCCGUCUCUCACAGACCUGUUAGUUUUUCUUUAAGAAGCCCUCCUGUUUUCCACUCAUUACCUGUAUUAACUGCACCUGUUUGAACUCGUUACCUAUAUAAAAGACACCUGUCCACACACUCAAUCAAACAGACUCCAACCUCUCCACAAUGGUCAAGACCAGAGAGCUGUGUAAGGACAUCAGGGAUAAAAUUGUAGACCUGCACAAGGCUGGGAUUGGCUACAGGACAAUAGGCAAGCAGCUUGGUGAGAAGGCAACAACUGUUGGCGCAAUUAUUAGAAAAUGGAAGAAGUUCAAGAUGACGGUCAAUCACCCUCGGUCUGGGGCUCCAUGCAAGAUCUCACCUUGUGGGGCAUCAAUGAUCAUGAGGAAGGUGAGGGAUCAGCCCAGAACUACACGGCAGGACCUGGUCAAUGACCUGAAGAGAGCUGGGACCACAGUCUCAAAGAAAACCAUUAGUAACACACUACGCCGUCAUGGAUUAAAAUCCUGCAGCGCACGCAAGGUCCCCCUGCUCAAGCCAGCGCAUGUCCAGGCCCGUCUGAAGUUUGCCAAUGACCAUCUGGAUGAUCCAGAGGAGGAAUGGGAGAAGGUCAUGUGGUCUGAUGAGACAAAAAUAGAGCUUUUUGGUCUAAACUCCACUCGCCGUGUUUGGAGGAAGAAGAAGGAUGAGUACAACCCCAAGAACACCAUCCCAACCGUGAAGCAUGGAGGUGGAAACAUCAUUCUUUGGGGAUGCUUUUCUGCAAAGGGGACAGGACGACUGCACCGUAUUGAGGGGAGGAUGGAUGGGGCCAUGUAUCGCGAGAUCUUGGCCAACAACCUUCUUCCCUCAGUAAGAGCAUUGAAGAUGGGUCAUGGCUGGGUCUUCCAGCAUGACAACGACCCGAAACGCACAGCCAGGGCAACUAAGGAGUGGCUCCGUAAGAAGCAUCUCAAGGUCCUGGAGUGGCCUAGCCGGUCUCCAGACCUGAACCCAAUAGAAAAUCUUUGGAGGGAGCUGAAAGUCCGUAUUGCCCAGCGACAGCCCCGAAACCUGAAGGAUCUGGAGAAGGUCUGUAUGGAGGAGUGGGCCAAAAUCCCUGCUGCAGUGUGUGCAUACCUGGUCAAGACCUACAGGAAACGUAUGAUCUCUGUAAUUGCAAACAAAGAUUUCUGUACCAAAUAUUAAGUUCUGCUUUUCUGAUGUAUCAAAUACUUAUGUCAUGCAAUAAAAUGCAAAUUAAUUACUUAAAAAUCAUACAAUGUGAUUUUCUGGAUUUUUGUUUUAGAUUCCGUCUCUCACAGUUGAAGUGUACCUAUGAUAAAAAUGACAGACCUCUACAUGCUUUGUAAGUAGGAAAACCUGCAAAAUCGGCAGUGUAUCAAAUACUUGUUCUCCCCACUGUGUGUAUGUGUGUAUAUAUAUAUAUAUAUAUAUAUAUAUAUAUAUAUAUAUAUAUAUAUAUAUAUAUACAUACACACACAUACAUACAUACAUACAUACAUACAGUGAGGGGAAAAAGUAUUUGAUCCCCUGCUGAUUUUGUAAGUUUGCCCACUGACAAAGACAUGAUCAGUCUAUAAUUUUAAUGGUAGGUUUAUUUGAACAGUGAGAGACAGAAUAACAACAAAAAAAUACAGAAAAACGCAUGUCAAAAAUGUUAUAAAUUGAUUUGCAUUUUAAUGAGGGAAAUAAGUAUUUGACCCCUCUGCAAAACAUGACUUAGUACAUGGUGGCAAAACCCUUGUUGGCAAUCACAGAGGUCAGACGUUUCUUGUAGUUGGCCACCAGGUUUGCACACAUCUCAGGAGGGAUUUUGUCCCACUCCUCUUUGCAGAUCUUCUCCAAGUCAUUAAGGUUUCGAGGCUGACCUUUGGCAACUCGAACCUUCAGCUCCAUCCACAUAUUUUCUAUGGGAUUAAGGUCUGGAGACUGACUAGGCCACUCCAGGACCUUAAUGUGCUUCUUCUUGAGCCACUCCUUUGUUGCCUUGGCCGUGUGUUUUGGGUCAUUGUCAUGCUGGAAUACCCAUCCACGACCCAUUUUCAAUGCCCUGGCUGAGGGAAGGAGGUUUUCACCCAAGAUUUGACGGUACAUGGCCCCGUCCAUCGUCCCUUUGAUGCGGUGAAGUUGUCCUGUCCCCUUAGCAGAAAAACACCCCCAAAGCAUAAUGUUUCCACCUCCAUGUUUGACGGUGGGGAUGGUGUUCUUGGGGUCAUAGGCAGCAUUCCUUCUCCUCCAAACACGGCGAGUUGAUGCCAAAGAGCUCGAUUUUGAUCUCAUCUGACCACAACACUUUCACCCAGUUCUCCUCUGAAUCAUUCAGAUGUUCAUUGGCAAACUUCAGACGAGCCUGUAUAUGUGCUUUCUUGAGCAGGGGGACCUUGCGGGCGCUACAGGAUUUCACUCCUUCACGGCGUAGUGUGUUACCAAUUGUUUUCUUGGUGAUUAUGGUCCCAGCUGCCUUGAGAUCAUUGACAAGAUCCUCCCGUGUAGUUCUGGGCUGAUUCCUCACCGUUCUCAUGAUCAUUGCAACUCCACGAGGUGAGAUCUUGCAUGGAGCCCCAGGCCGAGGGAGAUUGACAGUUAUUUUGUGUAUCUUCAAUUUGUGAAUAAUCGCACCAACUGUUGUCACCUUCUCACCAAGCUGCUUGGCGAUGGUCUUGUAGCCCAUUCCAGCCUUGUGUAGGUCUACAAUCUUGUCCCUGACAUCCCUUGGAGAGCUCUUUGGUCUUGGCCAUGGUGGAGAGUUUGGAAUCUGAUUGAUUGAUUGCUUCUGUGGACAGGUGUCUUUUUAUACAGGUAACAAACUGAGAUUAGGAGCACUCCCUUUAAGAGUGUGCUCCUAAUCUCAGCUCAUUACCUGUAUAAAAGACACCUGGGAGCCAGAAAUCUUUCUGAUUGAGAGGGGGUCAAAUACUUAUUUCCCUCAUUAAAAUGCAAAUCAAUUUAUAACAUUUUUGACAUGCUUUUUUCUGGAUUUUUUUGUUGUUAUUCUGUCUCUCACUGUUCAAAUAAACCUACCAUUAAAAUUAUAGACUGAUCAUUUCUUUGUCAGUGGGCAAACGUACAAAAUCAGCAAGGGAUCAAAUACUUUUUUCCCUAACUGUGUGUGUAUGUAUGUAUGUAUGUAUGUAUGUAUGUAUGUAUGUAUGUGUGUGUAUAUAAAUAUAUACACACACACACACACACACACACACACACACACACAAAUUAGCGUUUGGCCAUCUUUCGAGACUUUCAUAGAUCCAGAUGUGUUUUUCUUCCAUUUGUUCCUAAAGACAUCACUUUGCACACUAAUAUUUAGGAGUUGGAGGAUAAUUGUAGACGGCAAAAGCUUUAUGGGGGGUGAAAACUGCGGCUCAUCCAUAUACCCAAUUACCCAUGCGUUUAAGUCAUUAGAUGUUUGACAUCGAGGAAGUUUAAAAAAUGUAAUCCUUUUAGUGGGUAUUUAAAAGAUUAGGGGGAGCCACAACAGGAAGCAAACUGUUGUUUAUUAGGGGCCUAUGUACGGCAAGGAUUCACAUUCGCAUCGGCGGUUGAUAGCUCCGGGACGCAUGCAAUGUUUCACACCGGCUUUACCAAGCUAUGUAGCACUACUGUAGGUAUUUUUCUGCUUUGCAUAUUUUUUCCCGCUGAAAAUUCUUGAAUUGGAAACGCCAACUAAAGUAGUUGAUUCUUGGGUAGGCCUAAUCUAACAGAAAAGGCUAAUUUAACUAAUCAUCAAAGAUAAUUUGAAGUUGAUUUGUGGUUGCUUUUUUUGAAGGAAUGUAAAGUUUAGCAUAGCAUUUAGCCUAGUUUGUUGUGAUAAAUGUAAUAUAGGCAGUGUUCAGUGUAGCAUAGCAUCUAGCCUUAAACCUAGAAUUUAGCCAAGUUUGUUGGACCGCCUAUUAAACAGCCCAUACUCACUGUAAUCUCUGUAUUUAACCUCACUGACCCUGCCUUGCCUUUUUGUCUGUUCUUCUUCCCUGCUCUCCCUGUGUGACCCCAGUUGGCUGACUACCGACAGAGGAAAGCUCACGCAGACAGACAGAAGAAGCAGAAGAAGAAAAAGAGGAGAGAAACAGACGACGACCCAGGUGGAGAUGGACCGGGGAGAGGGGCGGCCAAGCAGGAGUUGGAUCAGUCGGUAGGGGAGGAGGUGACGGGGAGUGGGGGGGAGGUCGGAGGAGGAGGAAGAGGGGAACCGGACCCCCCCACCACAGAGUUUACCUUCGCCAGGACCCUGCGUAGUGGUGAGACGGUCAAACAUGACCAGACUUACACCAUAGAGGUAAGGCCAAAAACCUCUGGACCAUCCCUAACCAUUGAUUGACCAUUUGAAUUUAGCUUCUCCUAGCAUGCAGGCGUUCUUGAUAUGGAGAGUCUGAGUUGAAUAGACUAGAGAAACUGGCUUGGCUCAGUAGUGUGAAAAGGGAUGAGAACUGGUACUUCCCCUGGCCCUGAAAUUACGGUUUAUUAAAAUGAUAUUGGUCUUCUAUGCUGAAUUUCUCAACUUGAUCUUAGACAGUGUGAAUUGUUGAGCUAAUCAACCGCUCAUCAGGACCUACAGUGGCUUGCGAAAGUAUUCACCCCCCUUGGCAUUUUUCCUAUUUUGUUGCCUUACAACCUGGAAUUAAAAUUGAUUUUUUGGGGGGUUUGUAUCAUUUCAUUUUCACAACAUGCCUACCACUUUGAAGAUGCAAAAUAUUUUUGGGGUGAAACAAACAAGAAAUAUUACAAAAAAAACAGAACUUGAGCGUGCAUAACUAUUCACCCCCCCAAAGGCAAUACUUUGUAGAGCCACCUUUUGCAGCAGUUACAGCUGCACGUCUCUUGGGGUAUGUCUCUAUAAGCUUAGCACAUCUAGCCACUGGGAUUUUUGCCCAUUCUUCAAGGCAAAACUGCUCCAGCUCCUUCAAGUUGGAUGGGUUCCGCUGGUGUACAGCAAUCUUUAAGUCAUACCACAGAUUCUCAAUUGGAUUGAGGUCUGGGCUUUGACAAGGCAUUUAAAUGUUUCCCCUUAAACCACUUGAGUGUUGCUUUAGCAGUAUGCUUAGGUUCAUUGUCCUGCUGGAAGACUUCCAUUCUCAAAUCUCUGGAAGACUGAAACAGGUUUCCCUCAAGAAUUUCCGUAUUUAGCGCCAUCCAUCAUUCCUUCAAUUCUGACCAGUUUCCCAGUCCCUGCCGAUGAAAAACAUCCCCACAGCAUGAUGCGGCCACCACCAUGCUUCACUGUAGGGAUGGUGUUCUCGGGGUGAUGAGAGGUGUUGGGUUUGCACCAGACAUAGUGUUUUCCUUGAUGGCCAAAAAGCUCAAUUUUAGUCUCAUCUGACCAGAGUACCUUCUUCCAUAUGUUUGGGGAGUCUCCCACAUAGCUUUUGGCGAACACCAAACGUGUUUGCUUAUUUUUCUCUGUAAGCAAUGGCUUUUUUCUGGCCACUCUUCCGUAAAGCCCAACUCUGUGGAGUGUAUGGCUUAAAGUGGUCCUAUGGACAGAUACUCCAAUCUCUGCUGUGGAGCUCUGCAGCUCCUUCAGGAUUAUCUUUGGUCUCUUUGUUGCCACUCUGAUUAAUGCCCUCGUUGCCUGGUCCGUGAAUUUUAGUGGGCGGCCCUCUCUUGGCAGGUUUGUUGUGGUGCCAUAUUCUUUCAAUUUAUAAUGGAUUUAAUGGUGCUCCGUGUGAUGUUCAACGUUUCUGAUAUUUUUUUAUAACCCAACCCUGAUCUGUACUUCUCCACAACUUUGUCCCUGACCUGUUUGGAGAGCUCGUAGGUCUUCAUGUCGCUGCUUGCUUGGUGGUGCCCCUUGCUUAGUGGUGUUGCAGACUCUGGGGCCUUUCAGAACAGGUGUAUACAGUGAGGGAAAAAAGUAUUUGAUCCCCUGCUGAUUUUGUACAUUUGCCCACUGACAAAGAAAUGAUCAGUCUAUAAUUUUAAUGGUAGGUUUAUUUGUACAGUGAGAGACAGAAAAACAACAAAAGAAUCCAGAAAAACGCAUGUCAAAAAUGUUAUAAAUUGAUUUGCAUUUUAAUUAGGGAAAUAAGUAUUUGACCCCCCAUAGUGAUCUGAGUAUGUAGGGAUGCAACUUGGACAUAAGUAAUUUGACCCCCCUCAACAACCCUACACAAGGCUGGAAUGGGCUACAAGACCAUAGCCAAGCAGCUUGGUGAGAAGGUGAAAAACCAGUUGGUUUGAGAUUACUUCCGCAAAUGGAGAAAAACGACCAAAAUAACUGUCAUCUCCCUCGACCAUGGGCAUCCAUGCAAAGAUCUCAACCUCGGGGAGUUGGCCAAUGAUCAUGAAACUUUGAGGAAUCAGCCCAGAAAAUAGACGGGAGGAUCUUGUCAAUGAUCUCAAGGCAGCUGGGACCAUAGUCACCAAGAAAACCAUUGGUAACACACUAUGCCGUGAAGGUUGAAAUCCGCAGCGCCCCGCAAGGGUCCACCUGCCUCAGAAAGCACAUAUACAGGGCCGUCUGAAGUUUGCCAAUGAACAUCUGAAUGAUUCAGAGGAGAACUGGGUGAAAGUGUUGUGGUCAGAUGAGACCAAAAUGGAGCUCUUUGGCAUCAACUCAACUCGCCGUGUUUGGAGGAGGAGGAUUGCUGCCUAUGACCCCAAGAACACCAUCCCCACCGUCAAACAUGGAGGUGGAAACAUUAUGCUUUGGGAGUGUUUUUCUGCUAAGGGGACAGGACAACUUCACCGCAUCAAAGGGACGAUGGACAGGGCCAUGUACCGUCAAAUCUUGGGUGAGAACAUCCUUCCCUCAGCCAGGGCAUUGAAAAUGGGUCGUGGAUGGGUAUUCCAGCAUGACAAUGACCCAAAACACACGGCCAAGGCAACAAAGGAGUGGCUCAAGAAGAAGCACAGUAAGGUCCUGGAGUGGCCUAGCCAGUCUCCAGAUCUUAAUCCCAUAGAAAAUCUGUGGAGGGAGCUGAAGGUUCGAGUUGCCAAACGUCAGCCUCGAAACCUUAAUGACUUGGAGAAGAUCUGCAAAGAGGAGUGGAACAAAAUCCAUUUACAUUACAUUUUUACAUUUAAGUCAUUUAGCAGACGCUCUUAUCCAGAGCGACUUACAGGAGCAAUUAGGGUGAAGUGCCUUGCUCAAGGGCACAUCGACAGAUUUUUCACCUAGUCGGCUCGGGGAUUAGAACCAGAGACCUUUCGGUUACUGGCACAACGCUCUUAACCACUAAACUACCUGCCGCACAUCCCUCCUGAGAUGUGUGCAAACCUGGUGGCCAACUACAAGAAAGGUCUGACCUCUGUGAUUGCCAACAAGGGUUUUGCCACCAAGUACUAAGUCAUGUUUUGCAGAGGGGUCAAAUACUUAUUUCCCUCAUUAAAAUGCACAUCAAUUUAUAACAUUUUUGACAUGCGUUUUUCUGGAUUUUUUGGUUGUUAUUCUGUCUCUCACUGUUCAAAUAAACCUACCAUUAAAAUUAUAGACUGAUCAUGACUUUGUCAGUGGGCAAACGUACAAAAUCAGCAGGAGAUCAAAUACUUUUUUCCCCCACUGUAUAUACUGAGCUCAUGUGACAGAUCAUGUGACACUUAGAUUGCACACGGGUGGACUUUAUUUAAGUGAUUAUGUGACUUCUGAAGGUAAUUGGUUGAACCAGAUCUUAUUUAGGUGCUUCAUAGCAAAGGGGGUGAAUACAUAUGCACGCACCACUUUUCCGUUAUUUAUUUUUUUGAAUUCUUUGAAACAAGUUAUUUUUUUCAUUUCACUUCACCAAUUUGGACUAUUUUGUGUGUCCAUUUCAUGAAAUCCAAAUAAAAAUCAAUUUUGCUGAUCAGCAAAAUAAAUAUCCUAGCACUAAGGUACAUGAUUCAACUAAUCUACAGUGCCUUACAAAAGUAUUCAUCCCCCUUGGCGUUUUUCCUAUUUUGUUACAUUACAACCUGUAAUUUAAAUCAGCAAAAUAGAGAAGUAGCCUAAUGUGUGUAGGGAUACAUUGUAAGCUGUAUUAGCCUAUAUUUCUGUGGUUUCCUGUAUUGUCCCAAACUGAUCACUUCGUAAAAGAUCAUGGUAACUUGAAUCACACAUUUUAAUUAACGCUAAAUGUAAUCUUUAUUUCUCUAAAGCAUUUCUACCUACAGUUUCUAAGGUGCACAUUUCUAUUGCUUGGCUUGAAAAAGUAUGAAAAUGUAUACACUCACUACUGUAAGUCGCUCUGGAUAGAGUGUCUGCUAAAUUACUAAAAUGUAAAUGUUAAAUAGAAUAUUACAGUAGAUAAAGAAAAAUGUAAAAAGUUGUAGUUCAAACAUGACAUAAAAAGGUUUUCGUUAUCACGCAUAUUCAAUGCCGUAGACCGUGAUAAGCGAUUCACAUUUUGUUGCAUCAAAGACAUUGUCUGAAUCCAUUCGAGCAGAUAUCACACAACAGUCCCAGGAAAUAACCUUUUCAUUUGCCAUGAGCUACUUUUGUGAGUGCCGAUUUUCAAAGGCUCAAUAUUAACAGUGGAGCAGUCAAUAAGUCUCCUUGUUAGUGCUGUGUUAGCUCUUGAUUUGCUGAAUCACAACACCUUUUUAGCUGAAUUUGAAGUUACUGCGGGCUAACUGCAUUUCUUUAUUUUUGUGAAUAUUGUUAUUGUGCUAGAGGGUUGUGUUAGAGUAUUAUUUAGUAUCUUUGUUUGUUCAACUUUGGUUAGAGAAUCCGCAAAAUAAUAACCAAAAAGAUAAGGAUUUGGGUCAAUAAAAAAUUCUGGCUGUUUUUCCCAGCUCUUCAGACAUGUAUUUUUUAAGCGUCAUUGCAAGCUUGCUCAAUGAAUCUCUCCCUCUCUUUCAAAUGACCAUCUUAGUCUGUCAUUAUUAAUAUAACUCGGCUCGCCGUUACAUCGUCAAUGCGAAAUAUUUUAUACGUUUCACAGACAGUCGGGAAGUCCCUCACAACCUUGAGGGUAUUCCCAAGCCUCAAACAGGGUGCAUGCACCAUGCCACCCCCAACUCUGCACUCCACCUACGCCGAACAAUGCAAACUCCUCUCUUUCCUCCCUCCCUUCUGUUCUUUUGUAGCACUUGUGUCACGAACAGCAUUAAUAGUUUUCAUUCCCUCUGUUGCUGAAAAACCACACCACAUUUUCUUAGCCCCUUGUCGCCCCGAAUGUGACUGUGAAAGGAUGGGUUGCCAUGGCAACAGACAAUUGCCUUUAAAUAGGUUGAGCUGCCUCAUUCUAGUGUUGGAGAGCCUCGUGGCCUUGCAGCACAAAACGGACCAGAGGUGAUUGAAUAGAGUGGCUGCUGCCUGUCUUUUCUUUUGGUGCUCGGUAGUCUUGAGGUAUAGCUCAGCACUUUUUCCGUCAUGACUACUGUAUUUCUAUAGGCAUGCAGACAUUUUAAACAGUAACUGUUUAUGUCACGAAUUGCCAGUUCUGUCAUUAAUGAUAAAAUGUUCCUAGGUUCAAGAUGCUCAUGAGUUUAGACUCAUGUCGUUGAAUUCAGACUCAUCUGAAUCAAUAUUUGGAAUUUGUAAUAUAUAUAUUUUUUAUUUAACCUUUAUUUAACUAGGCAAGUCAGUUAAGAACCAAUUCUUAUUUACCAUGACUGCCUACCGAAAGGCAAAAGGCCUCCUGCGGGGACCGGGGCUGGGAUUAAAAAAAUAUCUAUAUAUAUAUAUAUAAAUAUAGGACCUAACACACAUCACAACAACAAUAAUGAGACUGAUAAAUGGUUCAACCAUUUAGUUGAAACCGUUUCAUUUUUAGUCUGUUUCUUCUCACAACAUUGUGUUUUCAUUCCCGACAAAGGGUGUAAUUGGCCCUGGGCGCACCAUUGAAUUAACACAGAGACGUUCCAAGUAGCCAUGCAACUUCCCUUGGAGAGAGGGGUUGCUGUGGAAACACCAGCUUCAAAGUGUUCCCCUCCAAGGCACUUGUAUAGGCAGACGGCUUCACAGAGCUCUGUGUGAGUGCUAACCUGUUGUAUUGUCUCUCACCUGCGCAUAUCUUAAACAGAUGAACCGUGUUUCCCAUCUGACACAAGUGGUAUAAUAGAGGCAGAUCUGCUGAUUAUCUGAUGUUUUGACAUCUUGAUACAAUCAAAUCCACGAUAAGCAGCUUGGCUAUCUUUGAAAUUCAUAUUCACGUUUCCGAUUCAUAAUUUAAGUGAUAUGCCUACCCUAGAUAAAUGUUAUGCUAUUCCAAUACCCCACAGGAUCUUUUGUGUGCAAAGUUGCAAACAUGAGACGUCAACAAUUUGACACUUCCCUUUAAGAAAUCACAUCUAGUGUUGCUACUAGGCUACAUCCAAUGCCGUGUCCUAUUCUACCUUCCCUAGAAUCACCGGAAUUCAACAAGCACAUUCCAAGGAAUAUAGGCUAGACAGUUGCCGAUACCAAAGCCAUUCUCGAUCCUCAAUGAAAAGGAACUAUUGGCCUACUGUGCCAUAAACUCGGACAAUAAAACCUCUCAUUUAAUUUUUCCUCGUCUUGCCCCGUAGUGAUCCAGCUUUUAAUCUUGUUAAAGUGAAAUUAGCCCCUUUUAGAAUAGGCUCUAAUGAUCACUGCCAUUAUUCCAUUGAGAAAGGAGUUGUCUUAUAAAGGUAGUUUGCGCCCAGUGAUUGAACGUGGCACAGCAUGCCUCCAAAAUGCCCCAUUGGAUGUAGGUCAAAGGGGCAGACAGCGUUUGACAUCGCCAUUAUUAACCUAUUCUUCUCCAGAAACUGACCAGAACUUGCCGCACAAAGACAAAUCGGAAAUGAGAGGACAAUAACCUUGUCAUAUCAUGAACUGCUCCCCCAGAACGUCCCUCUCUCACUGUACUUUCGCUCUUGAAGUAAUGGGACUGUAAAGCAGAAUUCUGACUGUACACAGGACCUAGGAUGGGCUUGUUUUAGCUAAAACUGCUUACUCAUGUAGUUAUGGUCCUUCAGUUUGAAUGCACUUUGAAGCUUUGUUUUUCUCUCUGCUUGUUGUAUUGUAAUGCAAUCCACUCUGCUCCGCUGGUGGGGCUGUGUUUGUGUGGGCCACUUGUACUGGUGACUCACGGUAGGCCUAUUAUGGUGAGUCCUCCCCAUGCAGGGACUGAUGAAUCCUCCUGUUGUUUCCUAUGGCAGCCAGAUAGUGAAGUGUCCACCACAGCCGAAGACUACUCCUCCGAGGUGAGUUAAUUUCAUCAUAGUUUACACCAAACAGAGAACACUCUUUUUAUUGGUGUUAAUAUACUGUACUUGAAGGGAUAGUUCACCCAAAUUGCAAAAUGUCUUAUUUGUUUCCUCACCUUAAAAAAAGCAUUUGGUUCAGAUUUGAUGAAAGGUAAACUGACCCUAGAUCUGUUACUAAGGGCCUCUGCUAUUGAGGAUUAGUGUUACGGUUCGGGGCUUAGGUCCUGCCUUUUCCCAGGUUUCCUCUUAGAACAGACCACGUGACUUGGCUAGCUUGUUGCCAGGCACUCAGCUCUCCAAGUCCCCGUCUGGCAUUUAUCUGAACUUGACAAAUCAAAGUAGUCACGCCGCACCUCUCACCUCCCCCUCCCCCUCUUCUACAGGGCUGACAUUAAAAGCUCUGCCUGUGAUACCGAGUUUAAUGGUUUUGAGAAGGUGGCAGUCAUUACAUUAAAGCCUGACAUGUACGAUGGGACCAAAAUACCACAUUUAAUUACAUCCUUCACUCUGUGCCCUGUACACGAGUGAACAAUGGGAAGCUGAACCAAGAAAUCCCCCUGCAUUACCAAACAGUUUUGUGAAUUAACAGGUGAAUGGCUGCCUUGAGAUGACCGAGAUCCCAAUGGAGACUUCCAAGGAGUUUAUCUGGGUACAGUACGACAAUUGAAUAAACAACAAGCCACUGUUUUUUUGCUAACAAGCCGACUCACCGCUGCACUGAUUGCACACUCUUUUUUACUGUAACACGUUUUCUCUGUCUCCGCACUGCAUUCUGACGACCUAACCCUGAGAUUUUCCUCAGACUAACUCACUAACCAAGUCCCUUUUAUUCUCUGCUUCUGGGAUCCUCAGUGUGCGCUUGUGAAAUGGUUUUAAUUUGAAGGCCAAGGACUGCAGAGCAGCAACAACAGCAUUGUCGGCAGGCUGCUGCUGUCAUCCUUUUAACUUUCACUCACCAUUUUAACAGCAGGGAUGGGGAGCAGGGAACGGGGGCUGCUUGACAUUUCAGAGGUGUAAAUUACUCUGGAAGUCAGAAGAGAAAGAGGAAAACAGAGGGAGGAAGAGAAGUAGAAAAAGAGGGAUUGGGGGUGAAGUGGCUAGAGAAGGGGGCGCUGGACAAUUCUACAAGAGCUGCUCAUUUGCCAAGUCACACAGGUAAUCUUGCCAUUUGCAGGCAGGAAGAGAGAGGGAGAGGGAUGGCAGAGAGAGAAGGGAGAAAGAGGGGAUAGAGGCUGAGAAAGACAUCAAAUUAAGUGACUGACUGUGUGAUUUUGUUUGAAAGUAAAGAAGUUAAAACCAUUCUGAGAAGGAAAAAAGAUAGAACGAGGUAGAAAGAAAAAAGAGCGUGACAGAUAAGUUAAGAGUAGUGAAGUACAGAUCUAAAGUGAAAGAGAGGAAACCAUUGCUAGCACUGUGCUCUUUAAUGGCUGCCAGUUCUUUGGCAGUUUUGGAUGUUGACUAGUUCAUUUCUAUCAUUCCCCUCAGUUCUGUGGUGGCUUUGGAUACUGACUAAUUGCUUCAGUGGUAGUUUUGGAGAUUAGCUAAUUGCGAAGCUAGCUACCAUUUCGCCCUCAGUUCUGUGGCAGCCUCGGAUGCUAAUUUAUUGCUAAGCAAGCUACAGGUACCAUUUCCCUCCUCUGUUCUGUGGCAGUUUUGGAUGUUUAGGUAAUUUCUCAUCUAGCCAAUGUCCCCCCCACGACAGGACGAAGUGGACCCUGUGCUGCAGGAGGCGAGGGGCGGAAGGGUACAGGUCAUGGAGGAAGAGCUGGCUGCUAAGACUCUGGUGGUAGAGGAGCUGAGCCGAGAGCUGGAGGAAUUUAGAGCGGCCUUCGGCACAGAGGGGGUGCAACAGGUAAUAUGCUGCGUGUGCAUGCGUGCUCUGUGUAAGUAUGAAGGAAUUAAGAUUGGUAGUUUGAGAAAAAAGUAAAUAACCUGCUUCCCCUGUCAACUGCAAAUGUUCAUAUAACAUUUAAAUUGUUUGUAGUGUGUGUUAUGAGUCUAAUUCAUCAAGCAGAUUGCAUAAGGGGUUGGCCUUGCUUAGCCCAUGCUGCUGGGCUGACCUUUUGAUGAGGAUGCAGCUUAGCAAUGGGUAGGGUAGUGGAGUUAUAUGAGAGCUCUUUUAUGUACUGAUAUUCAGAUUACUACUCAAAUAUAUGAGAGGACUCUGUAAAUAUCAAGUGAAAUGGAUCACAUGUCAAACACAUGUAACAUGUACAUAUAAACUAUUGUUGGUAUUUCCCUUUUCAAUGGAAUAAAUCACUUUUCUUGUUUGGUUUAAAAACAUUGAUCUGUGGUUGUAUUACCACCCAUACUCCUUUAAAUCACCUCUACUCUCAAAUAUCCCAAACUAGCUACUUCAAUUGUUGAGACCACACUUUGUCUUUGUCAAAGUAAAGCCAAUGUACUAUUUUCUUUCUCAUAGUAAAGUGUGACUUGUGAAUCACUGACGUUUAUUAUGCAAGGUAUGCGCAAUGUACUCUUUUUGCUCCUCCAGCUGCAGGACUUCGAGGCUGCCUUGAAGCAGCGAGAUGGCAUCAUCACACAACUCACAGCCAAUCUGCAGCAGUCUCGCAAAGAGAAGGAUGAGGUCAUGAGGGAGUUCCUAGAGAUGACUGAGCAGAGCCAGAAACUGCACAUUCAGUUCCAGCAGGUAAGAUAUUCUUGCCUAGGCUAUACACUACACUAUACCAUAUUAUCCCACCCUAGUCUAUAAUAGAAUAAGAAAAAAAUAUUAGGCAGGUGAGGUAGAAAACCUUAACAAGCGUAUGGUAAGAUUAUAAAAAUAAAAAAAAGGGUUGUAACUUUCCCAAAAUUCCCAGGUUUUCCAGAGAACCUGGUUGGAAGAUUCCCAUAAACGGGUGGGAAAAAGCAGGAAAUCUGGGAAUCCUCCAACCGGAAUUUCUGGAAAGCUUGGGUAUUUUGGGAAAGUUACAGGAAUUUUGCAACCCUAGGUUAGACGUACCUGUACCAGUCCUAUUAUAUCCUAGCUUUCCUAUGCCAUCUUAUUGUCUCGAAAGCUUUUCCCUGCUCUAUCAACAUUUCAUGUAUUUUAAUACCCUCCUAAUAAUUAUACAACAGAUGUGGUGGUGGUGUUGUUGUUUUCCAUUAUUUCCACGGGAACAUGAACACCCUCUGGUUUGAUUGACAGCUGCAGGCAGGUGAGACGCUGAGGAACACCAGCCACAGCAGCACAGCGCAGGACCUCCUGCAGGCCAAGCAGCAGCUCGUCCAAUACCAGCAGCAGCUGGAGGAGAUGGACGGCCAGGUCAGAUGGCACCAAGAGAUGAGCGAGGAGCAGCUGCUGCAGAUCAGCCAGCUCCAGCACCGGCUCAACGCGGCUGAGAUGGUGAGGCAGCUGCCUAGUUGGUGUUAGUCAGUACCUGUCAUUCAUGUGAAAACGUCUGCUUGUAUGAAAUGUAUUGAUCUAUUUAAUGGAUCUGUUUUAUAGGUGGUUGAUUACCAGGUGUGUUUUGAAAUCUGAUUUAGAUUUCCUACUAUUAUUACCUUAUUACCUAAAAAAAAAUAUAUAUAUAUAUAUAUAUAUAGUUUAAAGGCUGUUUGUAGAAGAUUUAUUCAAACCGUUUUAGUAUAAGACUUGAAUUAUAUUUUUGACAUUUUACCUGUAUGUCUAAUACUUACUUUUCCUCAUAGGUGGAAAGAACAGAAGAGUCAUUUGCACAAAGGUUAAAUAAGAAAGACCUGCUGAUUGCUGAACAGGAGAGAAUUAUGGCAGAGCAUGAGUGUUCCCUAAUGCAACUUAGAGAAGAGCUCAGUCAUGUGGGCAGAGAGGCUGAGGAGUCAUUUGCCCAGAGGGGAAAUGAAAAAGACUUGCUGAUUUUGGAGCAAACUGCAAUAAUAACAGAACAUGAGCGUACACUGACCAUGCUCAAGGUGGAGCUUGCACAGGUGGGAAGGAUGACUGAGGAGACUUUUGCACAAAAGUUGAACGAGAAAGAACUGCUGAUCGCUGAGCAAGAGAGAGUCAUGUCAGAACAUGACUCCUCCCUCCACCAGCUAAAGGAUGAGUUGACGGCCUCUGAGAAACGCUUAAACGACCUCAACCAGCAAAUGACCGCAAAGGCCCAAGAGCUGGAGAGCUGUAAGAGUGACUUGGAUAACUGUAAGAGGGACAUAGAGAGCACUAAGGGUGAGUUGAAUAGCUAUAGGGUUGAGCUGGAGGGCAGUAAGGGUGAGUUGUAUAGCUGUAGGGUUGAGCUGGAGAGCACUAAGGGUGAGCUUGAGAUCUGUAGCGUUGAGCUGGAGUCCUGCAGGGGCGAACUCUCAGCCUCCAGGCAGAAGGAGCGGAAGUCCUCCAGCGAGAUCCAGCAGCUGAUGGGCACCGUGGAAGACCUCCAGAAGCGAUACCACAAGGGCAGCCUGUCAGAGUGCGACACCCUCCAGAGGAUGGAGGAGGACUCAGCCCGCAGGCUGGAUCAUCUCAGGAUGGAGCUAGAUGAGAUGUACGGUGAGCAGAUAGUCCAGAUGAAGCAGGAACUUCGCUCGCAGCAUUCUGCGGCCCUGGAGCGGGUCACGGAGGAGCAUCGCGAAGAGCUAGAGCUUCUAAGAGCCCAGCAACCUGCACCCAGGCCCAGUCCCGAGGUGGUGAUCGAGCUCAAGGACAAGAUCGCAGAGCUUCAGCAGAGGAUCCAAGAGGCCCAGGCGCUCCGUGAGAAGGCCAGACAGGAGCUGUCCCAGGUGGCACAGGAGAAGCUCAGCCUCCAGGGUCAGAUGGUUGACCUGCUCCAUGACCUCCGCUCAGCCCAGGCCAAAGUGGAGCAGGCCUCUCAGAACAUCGCUGUCCAUGAGAGUCGUCAGUGCGAGCUGCAGUGCCUCCAGGAAACCAUUGAUGACCUGAAGGCCCAGCUAGCCACCGCUGUGGAGUCGGCAGAAGAGAUCGAGGCCAAGCAUGAGUCAGAGACAACCAACUACAAGAUCAAACUGGAGAUGAUGGAGCGGGAAAAGGACGCAGUGCUGGACCGCAUGGCCCAGUCACAGGAGGCGGAACUGGAGAGGCUGAGGACACAGCUCCUCUUCAGCCACGAGGAGGAGCUCAUUCUCCUUCGGGAGGACCACCAGAGGGAGAGCCAGCUCAACGGCGAGAACCUCCUCAAUGAGGCGUCCAUCCGGCACAGCAGAGCCCUGGAGGAGUUGCGGAACGUGUACAAGGACGAGCGGGAUGAGCUGUUACACCAAAUCAUUGCACUGAAAGAUGACUUGAAGAUGGCGCUGCACAGCUCGAAAGCCGAAGAGCUGGUGGUGCAACUCAAGGAACUUCAAGUGGAGGUUAAGGAAUUGAAAAAGGGUGGAGAAGAAAGGGUCAGAAUGGAGAGGGAAAUCCAAAUGCUGCUGAAAAAGAAUGAGCUGCUAGAAAACCAGUCCAAGGAGCGAGAAAAGAGCUGGGACAACAAAUGGAGGGAGCAGGAAUCUGAAAAGAGGAUUUUGAUGGAAACCAACAACGCCAUGAAAGAGGAAGUGGAGUCCAAGGUGGAAAAAAUUAAAUCCUUCACGACAGAAAAUGAACAAAAGCAGCGACAAGUAGUGGAGUUGCAAGAGGAGAAUGAAAAGCAGCGGAAUACAUUCUCUUUUGCCGAAAAGAACUUUGAGGUGAACUAUCAGGAGCUCAAGGAGGAGUAUACGUGCCUUGUUGAGGUAAAGGCGCAGUUGGAGGAGAGGAUUCUCAAGGAGACACUCGUGUAUGAGUCAAAACUCGCUAGCCUCCAGUCGCAGAUUCAGGAGCUGAGGGAGAACAAGGAAACUAGCAAAAUGGAGGACAAGUCCAAAGACAACGGCGGUGCUUCGAUAGAGAAAGACACUACUGAGCUGAUGGAGAAGCUGAAGGUAGCUCUGACAGAGAAGGAGGAACUGGCUAUGAGGCUGUCUAAAGUUACUGAGCAGCUGACUGUUACAGAAGGUGAAUUGGAUGAGCUGGAAGGAGAGUUGUGUCAGGUCAGGAGAGAAAACAAGGAGGUCAUCGCCCAAAAUGAAAACCUGGAGGAAGAGCUCGAAAGAGAGCGGGAAACUCUGAAGGAGAGAAAGGGAGAGAUAGAACUGCAGAGGCAGAGAGAGGAGGGAGGGAGAGUUGCUCAGAGCCAAGCGAAGCUCCAACAGAGAGGGCAGCCUGUUCAGUCUGCAUUCCCAGCUUGCUCCAUCAAGGAUCAUCACCUCCAAAUCGAAUCUCUCCAAGGGGAGGUAGAGGUGCUCCGCUCCUCCUUAAAGGCCGGCGAAAUAGAGCGAGAACGCCUCCGACACACCCCGGAGGCUUGGCACCAGAGUCAGACACCAACUCCGUCUGCAGCCCCAUCUCAGAUCUUGACUGUGGGGGAGGGACCUGUUGAGCGUAGCUCCGCUGUGGAGCCUACAGCCUCUGGGUCAUACAGGCGCAAGACACAGCAGCGGCGAGGAAAGAAGAAGCGCCAGAGCUCUGCCCAGACACAAGAGAAGAGGGAGAAGCAGGAGGUGGUGGAAAGAAACAAAGCUGGAGGUGCUACUGCUGCAGCAGAGCGGGAGCAUCGGGCUCAGAUGGAGAGCCAGGUUCCGUCUAGCUCGCAGCAGAGGACCGGGGAGAAGGACUCCACAGACGGGUACCACGGAGACGGAGCGAGAGACAGCGUUGUGAAGCAGGUAAGCAUUCACACACAGCAGCUGCUGCUGCAGUCGUCUUAGCUGGAAUAGCCCCUGCUAUGGAAACGACAGGCCUUUUAUCUUUUCCUCUCUCUCUCGCUCUCUCUCUCAUUCCCUGCAUUUUCAUAAGUCUGAUGAAACAAUCUUUCUGAUUGAGCUGUUAAAAGGUUUAAUGGAGUAUUUUCAUUUUGGUCGUAUGUUAAUGCUCAAAUUGACUUGUUGAAAUAACCAGUAAACAAUUGAUCAUGUUCACAACCAGUACUACGUGACGAUGUAUCAUUACUCCCUUGUUAAAAUCAAUAACUGUUGAUCAUUACUUGAUGCAGGUGAAUGGUAUUUGUAUUCAUACACUACAUAGACUGAACCGAAGGCUUAUUUAAAAAACCUGGCUGAGAUGAGGUUUGCCUGUUCUAGCACUGAAGUUUUAUUUUUUAUUCAGACAAUCUGUAAUGAUUGAUGGGCUUAAUUACAAAGUGCCUGACAGAGGCUGGCUCUCAUAGGCAGUGAAUAACAGAAGUACAUCCUUAAGUAAAAAGAGGCUCAAUAUUUUGUCUGUGGUUGUCAGGCCACACAUACUACUCAUUAUAAGCAGGAGAGGCUGAAUGGGAGGCAUCAAUUGGAUCAAUACACAGAGUCUGUGAAGACUGUAGAAGAGCUUGUUGCAUAAACACACAGAUCAUUUAAAUUAUUAAGUUGAAACCACGAUUAAGCUUUACUCAAGCUGUUAUAUAAGAAUUAUAAUCAGCCUUCUAUGACUCUUAUCUUCAAAGCCAAAAAGAGCCAUGAAAGACACGAAGCGUACGUCGUUAUCUCUCAUGAAUAUCCUUUUCUAGCUAGGAACUUAUUUGCUUUUAUGUAGAGAAACGUAUACAUUGUUGUUUCUUUUUGUCCUGCAGGGAGUAAGUGCUUGAAGGUGAGAAGCCAUUUUGUGUUACUCAUGUGUCUCACUUAUAUGUCCAAGGCUUCACCUCAGUAGAGCAAUGUCAAGGAUGCACAGAAUUUGGUAUCAGUGCACCACAUAGACUAUAUGGGUCUUUCUAUAAAUAAUGGGGCCAAUGUGUGACAUUGGGAUCAACAUUUCCAAAUAAUUUGAGACAAAAAUAAAAUUAUUUUUAUGCAGUUCCACAUUGUAUUUAGAGGAAUAUAUGCAAAUUGGCCCAUAACUCCACCUUUACAACAACAUAGGCCUAGGACUAUACAUCCUUCAAGCAGGGUUCAUACAGACAUUGGCAAGUCAAAUUCAAGUACUUUCAGGGACUUUUUCAAGCACUCAAUUGUAAUUUUCAAGGAAGUCAUUGUUAUACAAUUGUAUAAUUUAUAUAUAUAUAUUUUUAUUUUUAUUUUUUUUAUUUCACCUUUAUUUAACCAGGUAAGCCAGUUGAGAACAAGUUCUCAUUUACAACUGCGACCUGGCCAAGAUAAAGCAAAGCAGUGCGAUAAAAACAACACAGAGUUACAUAUGGGGUAAAAAACAUAAAGUCAAAAAUACAACAGAAAAUAUAUAUACAGUGUGUGCAAAUGUAGCAAGUUAUGGAGGUAAGGCAAUAAAUAGGCUAUAGUGCAAGAUAAUUACAAUAGUAUUAACACUGGAAUGCUAGAUGUGCAAGAGAUUAUGUGCAAAUAGAGAUACUGGGGUGCAAAAGAGCAAAAUACAUAACAAUAUAGGGAUGAGGUAGUUGGGUGGGCUAAUUUCAGAUGGGCUGUGUACAGGUGCAGUGAUCGGUAAGGUGCUCUGACAACUGAUGCUUAAAGUUAGUGAGGGAGAUAAGAGUCUCCAGCUUCAGAGAUUUUUGCAAUUCGUUCCAGUCAUUGGCAGCAGAGAACUGGAAGGAAUGGCGGCCAAAGGAGGUGUUGGCUUUGGGAAUGACCAAUGAGAUAUACCUGCUGGAGCGCAGACUACGGGUGGGUGCUGCUAUGGUGACCAAUGAGCUAAGAUAAGGCGGGGAUUUGCCUAGCAGUGAUUUAUAGAUGGCCUGGAGCCAGUGGGUUUGACGACGAAUAUGUAGUGAGGACCAGCCAACAAGAGCGUACAGGUCACAGUGGUGGGUAGCGUAUGGGGCUUUGGAGACAAAACGGAUGGCACUGUGAUAGACUACAUCCAAUUUGCUGAGUAGAGUGUUGGAGGCUAUUUUGUAAAUGACAUCGCCGAAGUCAAGGAUCGGUAGGAUAGUCAGUUUUACGAGGGCAUGUUUGGCAGCAUGAGUGAAGGAGGCUUUGUUGCGAAAUAGGAAGCCGAUUCUAGAUUUAACUUUGGAUUGGAGAUUCUUUAUGUGAGACUGGAAGGAGAGUUUACAGUCUAACCAGACACCUAGGUAUUUGUAGUUGUCCACAUACUCUAGGUCAGACCCGUCAAGAGUGGUGAUUCUAGUCGGGUGGGCAGGUGCCAGCAGCGUUCGAUUGAAAAGCAUGCAUUUAGUUUUACUAGUGUUUAAGAGCAGUUGGAGGCUACUGAAGGAGUGUUGUAUGGCAUUGAAGCUCGUUUGGAGGUUUGUUAACACAGUGUCCAAUGAAGGGCCAGAUGUAUACAAAAUGGUGUCGUCUGCGUAGAGGUGGAUCUGAGAGUCACCAGCAGCAAGAGCGACAUCAUUGAUAUACACGGAGAAAAGUGUCGGCCCAAGAAUUGAACCCUGUGGCACCCCCAUAGAGACUGCCAUAGGUCCAGACAACAGGCCCUCCGAUUUGACACACUGAACUCUAUCUGAGAAGUAGUUGGUGAACCAGGCGAGGCAGUCAUUUGAGAAACCAAGGCUAUUUAGUCUGCCAAUAAGAAUGCGGUGGUUGACAGAGUCGAAAGCCUUGGCCAGGUCGAUGAAGACGGCUGCACAGUACUGUCUAUUAUCAAUCGCGGUUAUAAUAUCGUUUAGGACCUUGAGCGUGGCUGAAGUGCACCCAUGACCAGCUCGGAAACCGGAUUGCAUAGCGGAGAAGGUACGGUGGUAUUCGAAAUGGUCGGUGAUCUGUUUGUUAACUUGGCUUUCAAAUACUUUCGAAAGGCAGGGCAGGAUGGAUAUAGGUCUGUAGCAGUUUGGAUCUAGAGUGUCACCCCCUUUGAAGAGGGGGAUGACCGCGGCAGCUUUCCAAUCUCUGGGGAUCUCAGACGUUAUGAAAGAGAGGUUGAACAGACUAGUAAUAGGGGUUGCGACAAUUUCGGCGGCUAGUUUUAGAAAGAAAGGGUCCAGAUUGUCUAGCCCAGCUGAUUUGUAGGGGUCCAGAUUUUGCAGCUCUUUCAAAACGUCAGCUGUCUGAAUUUGUGUGAAGGAGAAGCGGGGGGGGCAUGGGCAAGUUUCAGCGGAGGGUGCAGAGUUGGUGGCCGGGGUAGUGGUAGCCAGAUGGAAAGCAUGGCCAGCUGUAGCAAAAUGCUUGUUGAAAUUCUCGAUUAUUGUAGAUUUAUCGGUGGUGAUAGUGUUUCCUAGCCUCAGUGCAGUGGGCAACUGGGAGGAAGUGCUCUUAUUCUCCAUGGACAUUAGUGUCCCAAAACUUUUUGGAGUUAGUGCUACAGGAUGCAAAUUUCUGUUUGAAAAAGUUUGCCUUUGCCUUCCUGACUGCUUGUGUAUAUUGGUUCCUAACUUCCCUGAAAAGUUGCAUAUCGCGGGGGCUAUUUGAUGCUAAUGCAGUACGCCACAUAUAUAAUUGUACAUAUAGGGCCGAAUAUAGAACCCCCCCCCCCCCUAUUCCAUUGCUAAAAAAUGUAAGUUCAAGUAGGCUACUUCAAGCCCCUUGUAUUGUUUAUAUAUGCAGGUGUAACAUGGAAACCAAAAUGUAUUUGUCAUGUUAUUUCAUUACCAGAUCAUAUUGUGAAGAAACCCACUAGGCUAUGUAAUUUGUUGUCAUUAUAUCCAGAAUAAUUAAUAGGAAUAGAGUUGGGUGUUGGGUGCAUAACACAAUUGCGCACAGUAGACUUGGUGUCCAAUCCGAGGCACAAAAAUAUGAACUCCAUUACAUUGAUACUUUCUCUGUUAAAUCUGACAAGACCCUGCUGUAAAUCAAGCAGGCAACAACAGAUGAUCAACAUAAAUUUGCUAGGGAUAUUAGAUCCAACAUGGAUCCAGGCACAACUGUCUUCACUGGCGUAACGAAUGAGACACAUAUUAUGGACAUUCUUCGCGAACAACUUUUUUUCUAGCACUUGGGCUGUUGUUGCAUCGCAUGCGCUAUCACAACAGCUGUUCGUCACUUGACUGUCAUUCAGAAAAUUCCUUCUUGGAUCAGAUGAUGAUGUGUGAAAAUAUCAUUGAGUAAUUAAACACUUUGACAUCAAUGCACAUCCAACAAGUAUUAUGCAUAAAUAUUGAAGAACCACGUUAAUGACAGUAUCGAUUUAGGUUUUAAGUGUCAAGAUAAGGUGAUUAUUUUGUUUAGAAGCAUUCGAUUUUGAUUUCUGGGGGAUUUGUUUGCCCAUGAAAACUGUUUUCACCCCAUAACAUAAGGAGACACUAAAUGUUACGUAGUUACACUGCAUUUCUGAGAUCUCUAUACAAAAAACUAUCCAACAGCUAGAUCCAGGAUUUGUACAGGGUUCAAGUUCAAUGUCUAAUUUAACUGAUUAAUGCUUAAUAUAUGAUAUAAUGACAAUUUACACUGUCAUAAAUGCAUUGACAGAAAAGUAAUGUUUUAUGUCACACUAUUUUGGACAAAUCCGUCAAGACACCAACCAUGAGAAAGGGUUAAACAUGAGUUUUAAAUCAACUUGUGAAUUUUAUUGAAUUCUACGGUAUGUUCCCCCCUUAUAUCUUAAUAUAAUGACAUUAAAUAAAUUAGCAGAUUAUUAUCAAUGACUUAUCAAUAGCUGUGACAACUUGUCCAGCGUAGGAAAUCCUCACUGGUACCGUAGUUUAUAGAAAGACCCACAUUUUAUAAAUGCUUAUAUCAAAAACAAGAAAAUGGUGCUAUUGCCUCUUGUUCUUGCUUUCAAUACUGUGUGCAAUGAAGUACACCUCCAUAUUUGUGACAUAAGCAUUCAUUGCUAUUAAUGAAUUCCUAAUAAAGGUAUUAUGAAAUGCUUACGACGCUGUCUUAGUCUUUACAGUGUGGCCUUCUCAGUAAGUGUUUCACUGUGUUUUAUGCCAUACGUACUGUAUUGUUGUCGUCAGACCUAAUCAAAAUUUUUUAUUCACGUUUAACCUCUACGGGAUCAGUGUCUCGUAAACGGGACGGUUGAGCUAACGUGCGCUAGUGUGAUUAGCAUGACUGUUGUAAGUAACAGCAAACUUUCCAGGACAUAGACAUGUCGUAUAUGGGCAGAAAGCUUAAUUUUUUUUUUUAUCUAACAGCACUGUCCAAUUUACAGUAGCUAUUACAGUGCACAACAACAAAAAACGUAUCACGGCAACUGGUUUGAUACAUUCACCUCUGAAGGUAAAUAAUGUACUUACAUUCAGUAAUCUUGCUCUGAUUUGUCAUCCUAAGGGUCCCAGAGAUAAAAUGUAGCAUAGUUUUGUUUGAUAAAAUUAAUUGUUAUAUUCAAAUGUAGGAACUGGGUUCUACUUUUUGAACCCGUGCUGUCGCUGGCUCCACACCCACCCCGCCCAGCCAUCUAGAUGUGUGAAAGUUAGUGUAUAAGCUAAUGAUCCAUCAUGUACGACAUUUCUGGGAGUGUGUAAACUUACAUUUUGUAUUACCAUAUAAUUUUUGUAUGUUAUGUACUUGAAAAUGUAUCAAUUGACGAAUUUGGCACAUUUGGGCAGACUUGAUACAAAAUAGUCCAGUAUUGCAAUGCUUCACUGGAUCAAUCUGAAACUUUGCACACACACUGCUCCCAUCUAGUGGCCAAAAUCUAAAUUGCGCCUAAACUGCAAUAUUAUAUUGUGGCCUUUCUCUUGCAUUUCAAAGAUGAUGGAACAAAAAAUAUAAGUUUUUUUGUUUGUAUUAUCUUUAACCAGAUCUAAUGUGUUAUGUUCUCCUACAUUAAUUUCACAUUUCCACAAACUUCAAAGUGUUUCCUUUCAAAUGGUAUCAAGAAUAUGCAUAUCCUUGCUUCAGGUCCUGAGCUACAGGCACUUAGAUUUGGGUAUGUCAUUUUAGGCGAACAUUUUAAAAACGGUCCGAUCCUUAAGAGGUUAAACUCUUCUGUUACAAUGGCUACUUUUUUCUCCUCUUUUCAGGGGAAGAGAGUAGAUGGGAUGGAGUGUCGGGCGGACCCUGUAGCGAAGCGAGAGGAGGAGGACAGGGACAGCAAGACCACAGAGCAUGUAAAUGUCCCCUGAGCUCACAACCGCCUGUACUUUUAGCUCCGGCCUGAGUCGCUGCCUUUGAUGCAUCAGAGAGUAGUACAGUGGGUUGGGAAGGUCAAUCAACAAGUGGAAAAGCUUAAUACAGAACUAUGGGCACCCAGUAGUAAGACUGUGAUGAAAGGCAAACCUUUCUUUUGUCACCGAUUUUAUUAUCAUGAGUAAUACUUGUCUUGGUUGUUAUGUCAGCAAGUGUUAUACUGCCCACACUGCUAAUAAUCAUUGUGAAAUAACCAAAGUAAGAACUAUGAAUCGGUUUAGGAAGUUGCAGUAUGCAGUUAUUCACCCUUUCAGUUUCAUAGCAGUAUUUGCAGUGUCACAUUCUACAUAGCUACAUGCAUUAGGCUACUAAGCAUGUGCUUGACAUCAAUUUGAUACAUGACCUACUGUAAUAUGUAUAGCGCUUGAGUGGGUUUGAUAAAUUGCAAUCUAACAAAGCGUUACGAAAGCAACAAUGUUACCAUUCCACACAAAAACGUACUGCACAUAGCAAAUAGCACUGUCAUCAAAGGAAAAGAAAAUCACGAUUCCACGAGUGUAGCUGGGCUCCCCAGUGGCGCAGCGGUCUAAGGCACUGCAUCUCAGUGCUUGAGGCGUCACUACAGACCCCCUAGCCGGUGUAGGCCGUCACUGUAAAGAAUAAUUUGUUCUUAACUGACUUUCCUAGUUAAAUAAAGGUUAAAUAAAAAAACACAUCUGCGUUUACACAUCCAUCCAAGGAUGAGUGGAAAGCCUUGCCAGCUCCCCAUUGUGUUGUUGGCUGUAGAAUAGAUAAUAGCUGGCCCCUCAUUUGUUGUGCUAAAGCCCAGGUGCUCCCACCUGUCUCUUUUUAUAAAAUCAAGGCAACAGGCAUUUCUCAUUUCCAUUCAAAACAAUGUCCUAUGGUGGGUGGACUGGCCAACAUAAUAGGUAGUGCUCCAUUUGUUUAAAAGUACACUCAAAAAUAUGGCAUCAUACACAGCAGGCUGGCUUCCUGCUUACAGAUAUCAACAACAGGCAAGCCUACAGUACAUUUUGAGGGGCCAAUAGUGGUUGACUAUCGUCUUGUUGUUGAUAUGUGUAUGAUGUCAUAUUGCUAAGAAUACCUUAAAUUCAUCAUGUGUAAGUUGCAACGAGUACAUUCUAUGAUGUGGAUUGUUUGUGUUCUACUCCUGAAACAAUCUCUAUUGUGCCAUGAUAGGUGGACUGAGGGAUUAUGUUCAUUCUGGUCUAUCUAAUUCUAUGCUCUCUCCACUCUCUCUCUUUGUGCAGGUGGAGUGCAGGCUGCAGCUGGAGGCCCAGCGGAUCAGCCUGUCUCAGAUGCACGCUGCACAGCUGGAGCUGCUCCGGGAGCAGACAGACGCCCACGCCAGCACACUUGAGCUGGGUCGCUUAAAAAAAACACUGGACAAAGGUGUGUGUGUGUGUGUGUGUGGUUUUGAGUGCGGGUUGAUGAGUUGUUGUCUGGUGGUGUGGUUGAAGUAGGGAUAUGGCAAGUGUGUUUGUUUGGUAGGAAACCUUGUGUGUUGCUGUGUGUAUGUGUUUCAAUGUGUGUGCUCACAUGCAUAUUUAAUUAUGUGUGUGUAUUUGGGGGUGUGGGGCUAGACAGGGGCCACAUGGAAUUUUUGUAUUUGUAUCUAUCAUUCAUGAUGUCAACCAUGCUACAAAUUGUAGAUAGAAAACAGGAGACUGACUCACACGGAAGUUAUUCAGUCACUUUUGCUUUCAUCCUAUUUUAGUAAUUGAAUAAUGUUAGUGUACCAUGUGUGCUCAAUAUAAGCCAAUAAUAAUGUAUGCUUUUGUUGUUUUUCUCAGACUUCACAGAUCUCAAAAGCUCUAAGUACCAGAAUGUGGUGCAAGUUGUGUCUGAAGAAUGCAAGCAGCUCAUCCUGGUAGUUAACAUUCAUCACACACACACACACACACACACACACACACACACACACACACAUAAAAACAAGUAUUUUCCUUUGCACUGUCAAUUACUUUUAAUUUGAGAACGUUAUUAAACAGAAUUAUUUCAGGUUUAGACAUAGAUUUUUAGCACAUGAGUGCAUCAAAUAUUUACUGAGACAUCAGUUUUGUUUGAGAGCUAUUUUGCUAUUCACUUUACAGUCCUUUGCUAAAAUUUUUGGAGAGGAGUUCUUGGAGUAUCUCCAACCCACUGAUGUCGAGGACUGGAAGAUUCAUUUGUUUGAAAAGGAAGAAACAAGGGAUUCCAGUGCUGUUUUACAGGAGGCAAAAGGUGCUUUAUUGGUUGUGAUGUCUACCCGAAUGAGAACAAUACUACGUAAUGAACACGCAGCCUAUGAAAAAGUCUAAAUAAGUCACACACCGAUCUUGACUGCUGCAUGGUAAAAUUACAAAUUAGUAUAUAUUGUGUUUGUGUUUUCCCCCAGUUAACAUUUGCAUACACACAUCAAAUAUAGCUACAUCAAUGAUAAAUAGAAUAUCUUAUAGUAGUGAAGAUACUUCAUACACUGAGACUAACAGCAUGAGGACAUAUUUGUAAUGGACAUUUCUUCUGUCUCGUUCUAUAGAAAUGUAUAGAGACCUUCAGCAGGUGAAGCAGAGGAUUGAGCAGGAGCACGGUCGUCUACUACAGCUCCAGUCCUUACUGAAGGCAGAUGGCAAUAAGGUAGGAAGGACUGCUACAUAUUGUGUGUGUAAAACGGUUUAUUUAGUUAGCUCUGGCAGACAUAUCAGUAUGGAUGACGGAUCACCACCUCAAGCUGAACCUUGGCAAGACGGAGCUGCUCUUCCUCCCGGGGAAGGACUGCCCGUUCCAUGAUCUCGCCAUCACGGUUGACAACUCCGUUGUGUCCUCCUCCCAGAGUGCGAAGAGCCUUGGCGUGACCCUGGACAACAACCUGUCGUUCUCCGCUAACAUCAAGGCGGUGACCCGAUCCUGUAGGUUCAUGCUCUACAACAUUCGGAGAGUACGACCCUGAUUUACACAGGAAGCGGCACAGGUCCUAAUCCAGGCACUUGUCAUCUCCCGUCUGGAUUACUGCAACUCGCUGUUGGCUGGGCUCCCUGCCUGUGCCAUUAAACCCCUACAACUCAUCCAGAAUGCCGCAGCCCGUCUGGUGUUCAACCUUCCCAAGUUCUCUCACGUCACCCCGCUCCUCCGCACACUACACUGGCUUCCAGUUGAAGCUCGCAUCUGCUACAAGACCAUGGUGCUUGCCUACGGAGCUGUGAGGGGAACGGCACCUCCGUACCUUCAGGCUCUGAUCAGUCCCUACACCCAAACGAGGGCAUUGCGUUCAUCCACCUCUGGCCUGCUGGCUCCCCUACCUCUGCUGAAGCACAGUUCCCGCUCAGCCCAGUCAAAACUGUUCGCUGCUCUGGCACCCCAAUGGUGGAACAAGCUCCCUCACGACGCCAGGACAGCGGAGUCACUCACCACCUUCCGGAGACAUUUGAAACCCCACCUCUUUAAGGAACACCUGGGAUAGGAUAAGUAAUCCUUCUACCCCCCCCCCUUACCCCACCCCACCCCACCCCCCCAACAAAAUUUAAAAUAAAAUAAUAAUAAUUGUAAAGUGGUUAUCCCACUGGCUAUAAGGUGAAUGCACCAAUUUGUAAGUCGCUCUGGAUAAGAGCGUCUGCUAAAUUAUGUAAAUGUAAACUCUUUCCACGGAGGGCCGAGUGUCUGCAGGUUUUUGCUCCUCCCUUGUACUUGAUUGAUGAAUUUAAGGUCACUAAUUAGUAAGGAACUCCCCUCACCCACCUGGUUGUCUAGGUCUUAAUUGAAAGGAAAAUCCCAAAACCAUCCGACACUAGGCCCUCCAUGGAAUGAGUUUGACACCCCUGCUUUAGGGGGUUUAGGCUAAGAGUUUAUGAAUUGGUGGGGGAAAACAUGAAAUGUCAUUGAUUGAUUGGAUAUGUUUAGACGCCACGACACCAAUGUCUUUGUUAGUGUUUGACAUGUAAUCACAGUAUUAUGACUGGGAUGAAAAGCAACAAUAAUUUGAUUGAUUUGGGUACAGUAAUUGCUAGGACACUAGCACUUAGCGUUUACAUUUUUAACUGUGCUAGUUAAUAAUGAUAUGACGAAUGAAAGCUAAUUGGCUUUAAUGAUAACGCCAACAAACACUGUUGUCAAAUUCUUAUUGUCAUUCUUAGAUUGAGGCGAUGCAGCUGGCUUACGAUGAUCUGAAGCGCAGCAGUGAGGAGAAGAUCACCAGCCUGCGCAGGCACAUCGAAAGCUCCAGCAUCUCCACACACAACCUCGAGGGUAAAUUGAGAUAUGUACUGUAUGUCUAAACCAAAAUCACCUCAAAAUGGUGCUGGGUUAUGUGGUGUCCAUAUUCUACACAAUCUGUUGUGCAUUUGGAAAGGUCUGCGGGCCUCAAUCCCAAAAUGAAUGGGAAAGAUGGGCACUGUCUACUUCCAUCUACAUAGCCAUGCUAACACUAUCGCUCUCUACCCAGAUCUGAGGGAGCCGACCGCGGCCUCGCCAUCCUCCCACACUGCUGAGGACAUCCAGAAGCUUAGGGCCAAUGUCCAGCAGCAGCGGGCCCAGCUGGAGGAAUGCCACAGGCAGGAGGUGGAGCGCCUCAGGGCCUACUACCAGCAGCAGGCCAAAGCGACCGAGGAGCGAUAUGCUACCGAACUCAUCGUGCUACAGCAGCACCUCGAUGAGGCCACAGGCACCGAGGCCCAGUUCAGGUAAUAGUGAUGAUGAUGGUCAUUAGAAGUGGCUUACAUAAAUCACACGCAAGAGCUUCUCACGGUGUAUUUAUACUAGACACUACUUCCGUCAAACUACCGGAAGCAGUCAUUUUCAAUGGAUGGAGGAUAAGUUUUCUAUCUGAAUGUUCUGUACCAUUGCAUCCUCCUGAACAAGCCCCUGGUAUCUCGGUGGUAUGUUACAGACCCCUAGAGGUCAUGGAGGAUAUUGCAGGGGUCGCAGUGAGGAGGAAAACUAGCCUGACGACUCGCACUAAAUUCUUCCGCUGCUCUGUCGUUCUCUACAUACUUUUGUCUGAGACUGCCAUAAUUGAAGUCAUUUGUGAUGACGAGGGGCACGAGGGGUGUUGUUCAAAACGAAGUCAUCAGGGAUUGGGCUCUAACCAAUCAGAGUAUCAAAGCCAAUGACACAUUUUCAAACUGCCGCUUUACCCACGUGUGCUCUGGCUCUGGUCCAACCUAUCGGUUUCUGGACCAAUCAGAUGUCCCCAAAUGUAUUCGCAUUCGGCGUAGGAUUGGGGAGGUAGUCAGAUCCAGACUCAUUGCCGAGAAGAAACUAACAUUAGUGGGCGUGGGUUAAUGUUUGGCCGGAGCAAGGAGUCUGGGUAUCCAGGCAAGAGGAAAACACCAUAAUCAACCAUUUCCCAUUGCCUGUAAUCUUGACACAAAUCAUUAAACUCAAACUAAAUCCAACUCAUGAAUCCAACUCAACAUAUGAAUUGGUUAGUCCACAAACACAUCAAGGGUAAUACAUAUUAUAGAAGAAACACAACCACUGGUGCAUAAGUGAGAAAGUAAUGUUUCAUCUCCCCCAUGGGAGUAUCUGAAACAGUCAUGAGGAGGAUCCUACUCCUGUGUGUGCGUGCAUGUAUGCGCAUAGAAAGAGUGCAGCAGCACUUAUCAGAUCACUGUGACCCGAUACCCCCAGGCAGUGAAAUUCUACAGCUGCCAUUCAGGCCCGCUUUAAUUGCCAAGGCAUUAGCAACCUCCUUAUUCCUUUGAAAGUAGAUUUCAGUUUUAUUCUCACCCUCUCCUGGGUCCAUUAUUAUUAGCAUGGCUUUAAUCUCCUGAUAUCUAAAUUAUUUUCACUAUAUAAUAGGGAUGUAACAUUCACCGAUACGCAUCCGUCCCGAUUAAAUGUUUAUGAUACAAGUGCAUCGGUUUUCGGACCUCAAACUGAUCCAAAUCUAGCAUGCAUCGGUCAGAAAAUUGUUUCAAAAGUUACAAAUCGCUGUUUCACAUGUUUUUUGGCCUCAUAUUACAUUCUUUCUACCUUCUGAAAAUUCAUCUCAUCUUUUGUGACAAUUGAUGCGUCCUCUCCUUCAGUGUUGAACUGCAUGUAACUGUGUUGAGUCAUUGAUCUGCAAGUCAUUGGUAGUUUUGUUUACAGCAAAACUACCAAAACUAUUGCUGAUGGUGAACCUGAAUGAUCAAAAUAAAAUCUAUUGUAAGCCCUGUUCAGCAGGUAUAGCCAGACGAGAGUUGUCUCCGGUAGCUUGCUUUUAUUUAGGUAAAACACAACUUUUUAACAGAGCAUUUGAUAAAAAUAACCUAGCAAAUUACAUUGGUUGUCAAUCAACUAAUAAAGCCUAAUAUUGCGGAAGCCAUUUUACAAACAUUUGAAUGGUGGUUAAAAGCAUUACAGACUGGAGUCAUGUUAAUUACUAACCCACAAAGUACGGUUUCUCCUGCCUAACAUCUCUAGGCAAAGAGCAGAAGCAUCUCCCCAUUUGGCCCUCCUCAAGGUGUUUCCAUGUCAAUAGAAAAUUGAAGGGAUUAUUCAAUAUAUGCUUAUCUGUACUUCUCUGUCAUGUAGAAUAAUAGGGAAUUGUAUGUCCGUUCUAUGCAUUACAUUUCUUCCCGCAAAGUUUAAAACAUUGCAGCCCACUGUACAUGCCACAUGAUGACAUUGAUUGAUAGAAUGGUGCCAGUUAGCUAAUCCCAAAGGGGAAUUUGGACAGGGCACUUUCCCUGUACAAUUCACACACUUCAGACAAGUAAACCAUGAAUUCCAAUCUCCUAAAAAAAAGUAAGAUGUUGAAAAUAAUACUAGUAGAUUCACUAGUAGGCUAUCUAUUUACUAUAGUGGAUGUUUGUUUACCCGUUACCGUUCACUAAUGUCUUCGGUCUUUAUAUUUAAUUCUGCCUUGUCUUUCAGCCUGUCCAGUGUUGCCCAAUUUAGCUUGCGGAUCGAGGAAGAGGACGCAGAGGAACUAAAGGUUUGGUCCCUUCCUUCUCACUUUGCAAAUCUUCCCCCGUCACACACCACCACCUCUCGAGGCCAAACACUGAUUUUAAUUAAGACUCCAUUAGCCGUCACUGCGAGCAAAGGAUGAGGAGGAGGGAUGGAGAAGGGGGACGGAGGAGGAGGAUGGGGGGAAUGCUGCCUUUGGCUAAAAUCUGGCCCAAAUCCCUGGGUGGCUGGCUGCAGUGAGACGCCACGUUCAAAUCGAUUUCUUUAUCCGAGGGGAAGUUGAAGAGCCGAGGCGCCUGUUAUGUAAGCGGUUAGCGUAGCGUGGAUGCUAGCGUUAGCUAUAUACUACUACGGUACUCAAGUCUUCGCCUGCAUUAAUGGACUAUUCUGUCCACGUGAGUGACCCGUAGUAGUAUAUUUUCAGUCAAGUCUCCCUUUCUCACUAUCACUCCACCUCCCGCUCGUUCACUCGCUCUCGCUACCUCCGUUGCUUACCAGUCUAGCAGCGUGAGACGCUGUCUCUCACAUCAGAGAAGAUAGCAGGAGAAUAGAGGAGCUCAGAGAUUGUGGGAGAAAGAAAGAAAAGAAAGGGUGAGAGAUAAAAAUGGAGAGAUGUCCGGUGAGAGAGAGAAAGAUGGGCAAUGCACGGAGUAGACUGAAAGGUGGAGGGAAAGGACGAGCGAGAGGGGGAAAGGAGAUGGAGGUAGGAGGAGAGUGAUAGAAAAUGAGUGAUCGAGAGCAUCCAACACCAGGCACUAUUCUAGCACAAUAAUGAUUCACUGAGAGAGACAUAGCUGAAAAAAAGAGAGAAAAAGGAAAGACUUACUAUUGUAGCUUGACAUACUGGUGCUCUAGCCGAACUGGAACUCGGCUCUGUAGGAUGUCUGACUUCUAUUUAUCAGUGCAUCAUUCAGCCUUGGAGGCAUAGGAAGUAAAAUCUGUGAAUUUAUCGCCAGCGGGUGGCUGAGGAGUAAGGGGAAAGGGAGGGGACACACUCUCUGAAUCUUUCCCUGUAUUUUCUCCUCUAACUUUCGCUUAAUCCCUAUGUUUUUCUCUCCUCUCCUCCUCUCCUAUUUUUCUUUCCAUAUACGUUUCCCUCCGGUUCAUUUAUUUUUGUUUGUCUGUGUCCAUCCUUUCCCCACCCUAUUCCUUGUCCACUCCUCCCCCUCAUCUCUAGCUGGUGGAUGAGGAUGCAUUGUUGGUGGGCCUGGGCACGGAGCUAAGCGGGCCGGCCAAGUCUAUGGACCUGGCGGCGCAGCUGCAGACGCUGAGGAGAGCGCUCUACCACAAGUACCUCCAGGAGGUGGCCGCGCUGAAGGAGCAACACUGUGCCGAGCUCACCAGACUCAGAGAAGAGAGGGUGCAGGAAAAGGGAGAGAAAGUGAGGGAGGAAGGAGAGGAGGAUGUGCGGUUGCAGGUGAAGCCGGACCCGGAGGGCAUCAAUGGGGGCGUCCGCUCUAUCGAGGCACCCAGCACAGAGGACCAAGGCGGGCAGGAGAGGAGACACAAGGAGAGGGUGGAGGAGGAGAUAGCUAAGGUAAGAUGUUUACUGCUGAACAGGCAAUUUCGAACGGAGACAAUUAUUAAACCCCCUGAAAAACAGAGUUAUUGUAGGCUACAGACGAACUUAGGUAUGCAAUUCAUGUUUUCUACAUACACAGAUUUCUACAUACAUUUUUGUAUUCUGAACAACCUCCGUUCCUGACGUGUUUGUAUUUCUGAGGUCCUACUGUUCUUUGAAGAGUAUGACCCAAAACUAGUCUGCAAUAUAUUUUUCCUCUUGUACAGUGGGGAAAAAAAGUAUUUAGUCAGCCACCAAUUGUGCAAGUUCUCCCACUUAAAAAGAUGAGAGGCCUGUAAUUUUCAUCAUAGGUACACGUCAACAAUGACAGACAAAUUGAGAAAAAAUAAUCCAGAAAAUCACAUUGUAGGAUUUUUAAUGAAUUUGUUUGCAAAUUAUGGUGGAAAAUAAGUAUUUGGUCACCUACAAACAAGCAAGAUUUCUGGCUCUCACAGACCUGUAACUUCUUCUUUAAGAGGCUCCUCUGUCCUCCACUCGUUACCUGUAUUAAUGGAACCUGUUUGAACUUGUUAUCAGUAUAAAAGACACCUGUCCACAACCUCAAACAGUCACACUCCAAACUCCACUAUGGCCAAGACCAAAGAGCUGUCAAAGGACACCAGAAACAAAAUUGUAGACCUGCACCAGGCUGGGAAGACUGAAUCUGCAAUAGGUAAGCAGCUUGGUUUGAAGAAAUCAACUGUGGGAGCAAUUAUUAGGAAAUGGAAGACAUACAAGACCACUGAUAAUCUCCCUCGAUCUGGGGCUCCACGCAAGAUCUCACCCUGUGGGGUCAAAAUGAUCAUAAGAACGGUGAGCAAAAAUCCCAGAACCACACGGGGGGACCUAGUGAAUGACCUGCAGAGAGCUGGGACCAAAGUAACAAAGCCUACCAUCAGUAACACACUAUGCCGCCAGGGACUCAAAUCCUGCAGUGCCAGACGUGUCCCCCUGCUUAAGCCAGUACAUGUUCAGGCCCGUCUGAAGUUUGCUAGAAUGCAUUUGGAUGAUCCAGAAGAGGAUUGGGAGAAUGUCAUAUGGUCAGAUGAAACCAAAAUAUAACUUUUUGGUAAAAACUCAACUCGUCGUGUUUGGAGGACAAAGAAUGCUGAGUUGCAUCCAAAGAACACCAUACCUACUGUGAAGCAUGGGGGUGGAAACAUCAUGCUUUGGGGCUGUUUUUCUGCAAAGGGACCAGGACGACUGAUCCGUGUAAAGGAAAGAAUGAAUGUGGCCAUGUAUCGUGAGACUUUGAGUGAAAACCUCCUUCCAUCAGCAAGGGCAUUGAAGAUGAAACGUGGCUGGGUCUUUCAGCAUGACAAUGAUCCCAAACACACCGCCCGGGCAACGAAGGAGUGACUUCGUAAGAAGCAUUUCAAGGUCCUGGAGUGGCCUAGCCAGUCUCCAGAUCUCAACCCCAUAGAAAAUCUUUGGAGGGAGUUGAAAGUCUGUGUUGCCCAGCGACAGCCCCAAAACAUCACUGCUCUAGAGGAGAUCUGCAUGGAGGAAUGGGCCAAAAUACCAGCAAAAGUGUGUGAAAACCUUGUGAAGACUUACAGAAAACGUUUGACCUGUGUCAUUGCCAACAAAGGAUAUAUAACAAAGUAAUGAGAAACUUUUGUUAUUGACCAAAUACUUAUUUUCCACCAUAAUUUGCAAAUAAAUUCAUUAAAAAUCCUACAAUGUGAUUUUCUGGAAAAAUAAUUCUCAUUUUGUCUGUCAUAGUUGACGUGUACCUAUGAUGAAAAUUACAGGCCUCUCUCAACUUUUUAAGUGGGAGAACUUGCACAAUUGGUGGCUGACUAAAUACUUUUUUUCCCCACUGUAUUUCAAGGCCUACCUUCAAACUCAGUGGCGCUUUGCUUGACAUCAUGGCAAAAUCAAAAGAAAUCAGCCAAGACCUCAGAAAAAAAAUUGUAGACCUCCACAUGUCUGGUUCAUCCUUGGGAGGUACCACGUUCAUCUCUAAAACAAUAGUACACAAGGAUAUACACCAUGGGACCACGCAGCCGUCAUACUGCUCAGGAAGGAGACGCGUUCUGUCUCCUAGAGAUGAACGUACUUUGGUGCGAAAAGUGCAAAUCAAUCCCAGAACAACAGCAAAGGACCUUGUGAAGAUGCUGGAGGAAACAGGUACAAAAGUAUCGGUCGUGGUCAAAAUUUUCUGAGAGUGACACAAGUAUUGGUCUUCACAAAGUUCGCUGCUUCAGUGUUAUGAGAUAUUUUUGUCAGAUGUUACUAUGAUAUACUGAAGUAUAAUUAUAAGCAUUCCAUAAGUGUCAAAGGCUUUUAUUGACAAUUACAUGAAGUUUAUGCAAAGAGUCAAUAUUUGCAGUGUUGACCCUUCUUUUUCAAGACCUCUGCAAUCCGCCCUGGCAUGCUGUCAAUUAACUUCUGGGCCACAUCCUGACUGAUGGCAGCCCAUUCUUGUAUAAUCAAUGCUUGGAGUUUGUCAGAAUUUGUGGGUUUUUGUUUGUCCACCCGCCUCUUGAGGAUCGACCACAAGUUCUCAAUGGGAUUAAGGUCUGGGGAGUUUCCUGGCCAUGGACCCAAAAUGUCGAUGUUUUGUUCCCUGAGCCACUUAGUUAUCACGUUUGCCUUAUGGCAAGGUGCUCCAUCAUGCUGGAAAAGGCAUUGUUCGUCACCAAACUGUUCUUGGAUGGUUGGGAGAAGUUGCUCUCGGAGGAUGUGAUGGUACCAUUCUUUAUUCAUGGCUGUGUUUUUAGGAAAAAUUGUGAGUGAGCCCACUCCCUUGGCUGAGAAGCAACCCCACACAUGAAUGGUAUCAGGAUGCUUUACUGUUGGCAUGACACAGGACUGAUGGUAGCGCUCACCUUGUCUUCUCCGGACAAGGUUUUUUCCGGAUGCCCCAAACAAUCGGAAAGGGGAUUCAUCAGAGAAAAUGACUUUACCCCUGUCCUCAGCAGUCCAAUCCCUGUACCUUUUGCAGAAUAUCAGUCUGUUCCUGACGUUUUUCCUGGAGAGAAGUGGCUUCUUUGCUGCCCUUCUGGACACCAGGCCAUCCUCCAAAAGUCUUUGCCUCACUGUGCGUGCAGAUGCACUCACACCUGCCUGCUGCCAUUCCUGAGCAAGCUCUGCACUGGUGGUGCCCCGAUCCCGCAGCUGAAUCAACUUUAGGAGACGGUCUUGGCACUUGCUGGACUUUCUUGGGCGGCCUGACGCCUUCUUCACAACAUUUGAACCUCUCUCCUUGAAGUUCUUGACGAUCCGAAAAAUGGUUGAUUUAGGUGCAAUCUUACUAGCAGCAAUAUCCUUGCCUGUGAAGCCCUUUUUGAGCAAAGCAAUGAUGACGGCACGUGUUUCCUUGCAGGUAACCAUGGUUAACAGAGGAAGAACAAUGAUUUCAAGCACCACCCUCAUUUUAAAGCUUCCAGUCUGUUAUUCUAACUCAGUCAGCAUGACAGAGUGAUCUUCAGCCUUGUCCUCGUCAACACUCUCACCUGUGUUAACGAGAGAAUCACUGACAUGAUGGCAGCUGGCUAUUUUGUGGCAGGGCUGAAAUGCAGUGGAAAUGUUUUCUUGGGAUUAAGUUCAUUUUCAUGGCAAAGAGGGACUUUGCAAUUAAUUGCAAUUCGUCUGAUCACUCUUCAUGACAUUCUGGAGUAUAUGCAAAUUGCCAUCAUCAAAACUGAAGCAGCAGACUUUGUGAAAAUUAGUAUUUGUGUAAUUCUCAGAACUUUUGACCACGACUGUAUAUCCACAAUAAAACGAGUCCUAUAUCGACAUAACCUGAAAGGCCGCUCAGCAAGGAAGAAGCCACUGCUCCAAAACCGCCAUAAAGCCAGACUACGGUUUGCAACUUCACAUGGUGAAAAAGAUCGUACUUUUUGGAGAAAUGUCCUCUGGUCUGAUGAAACAAAAAUAGAACUGUUUGGCCAUAAUGACCAUCGUUAUGUUUUGAGGAAAAGGGGGGGGCUUGCAAGCCGAAGAACACCAUCCCAACCGUGAAGCACGGGGGUGGCAGCAUCAUGCUGUGGGGGUGCUUUGCUGCAGGAGGGACUGGUACACUUCACAAAAUAGAUGGCGCCAUGAGGAAGGACAAUUAUGUGGAUAUAUUGAAGCAGCAUCUCAAGACAUCAGUCAGGAAGUUAAAGCUUGGUUGCAAAUGGGUCUUCCAAAUGGACAAUGACCCCAAGCAUACUUCCAAAGUUGUGGCAAAAUGGCUUAAGGACAACCAUGUCAAGGUAUUGGAGUGGCCCUGACCUCAAUCCUAUAAAAAUGGUGUGGGCAGAACUGAAAAAGUGUGUGCGAGCAAGGAGGCCUACAAACCUGACUCAGUUACACCAGCUCUGUCAGGAGGAAUGGGCCAAAAUUCACCCAACUUAUUGUGGGAAGCUUGUGGAGGCUACCCGAAACGUUUGACCCAAGUUAAACAAUUUAAAGGCAAUGCUAGCAAAUACAAAUUGAGUGUAUGUAAACUUCUGACCCACUGGGAAUGUGAUGAAAGAAAUAAAAGCUGAAAUAAAUAAUUCUCUACUAUUAUUCAGACAUUUCACAUUCUUAAAAUAAAGUGGUUGAUCCUAACUGACCAAAGACAGGGAAUUUUUACUAGGAUUAAAUGUCAGGAAUUGUGAAAAACUGAGUUGAAAUGUAUUUGGCUAAGGUGUAUGUAAACUUCCGACUUCAACUGUAUGUACAAAGCAUACUUUUUAAGCUGCACCGAAGGUCUUUUGAUAGGAAGAUGCUCUUUUAGCAUUUAUUUGUGAGGAGCAGUGCUUUUAGUCCUUCUAUCUAGAUUGAAUUGCCUUUUACAUUUAGUUGAAAAUAGACUUUAUAUAUUUUGUUGCCUCUUUCUUUCACUUAUCAACAGUACAUUUAAACCAUUCAUUUUACAUUUACAUUUACAUUUCUGUCAUUUAGCAGACACUCUUAUCCAGAGCGACUUACAAAUUGGUGCAUUCACCUUAUGAUAGCCAGUGGGACUAUUCCACUAUGAUGCCUCAUACAGUGAGAGAAAAAAGUAUUUGAUCCCCUGCUGAUUUUGUACGUUUGCCCACUGACAAAGACAUGAUCAGUCUAUAAUUUUAAUGGUAGGUUUAUUUGAACAGUGAGAGACAGAAUAACAACAAAAACAUCCAGUAAAACGCAUGUAAAAAAUGUUAUAAAUUGAUUUGCAUUUUAAUGAGGGAAGUAAGUAUUUGACCCCUCUGCAAAACAUGACUUAGUACUUGGUGGCAAAACCCUUGUUGGCAUUUACAGAGGUCAGACGUUUCUUGUAGUUGGCCACAAGGUUUGCACACAUCUCAGGAGGGAUUUUGUCCCACUCCUCUUUGCAGAUCUUCUCCCACUCCUCUUUGCAGAUCUUCUCCAAGUCAUUAAGGUUUUGAGCCUGACGUUUGGCAACUCAAACCUUUAGCUCCCUCCACAGAUUAUCUAUGGGAUUAAGGUCUGGAGACUGGCUAGGCCACUCCAGGACCUUAAUGUGCUUCUUUUUCAGCCACUCCUUUGUUGCCUUGGCUGUGUGUUUUGGGUCAUUGUCAUGCUGGAAUAUCCACCCACGACCCAUUUUCAAUGCCCUGGCUGAGGGAAGGAGGUUCUCACCCAAGAUUUGACGGUACAUGGCCCCGUCCAUCGUCCCUUUGAUGCGGUGAAGUUUUCCUGUUCCCUUAGCAGAAAAACACCCCCAAAGCAUAAUGUUACCACCUCCAUGUUUGACGGUGGGGAUGGUGUUCUUGGGGUCAUAGGCAGCAUUCCUCUUCCUCCAAACACGGCGAGUUGAGUUGAUGCCAAAGAGCUCGAUUUUGGUCUCAUCUGACCACAUCACUUUCACCCAGUUCUCCUCUGAAUCAUUCAGAUGUUCAUUGGCAAACUUCAGAUGGCCCUGUAUAUGUGCUUUCUUGAGCAGGGGGACCUUGCGGGCGCUGCAGGAUUUCAGUCCUUCACGGCGUAGUGUGUUACCAAUUGUUUUCUUGGUGACUAUGGUCCCAGCUGCCUUGAGAUCAUUGACAAGAUCCUCCCGUGUAGUUCUGGGCUGAUUCCUCACUGUUCUCAUGAUCAUUGCAACUCUACGAGGUGAGAUCUUGCAUGGAGCCCCAGGCAGAGGGAGAUUGACAGUUAUUUUGUGUUUCUUCCAUUUGCGAAUAAUCGCACCAACUGUUGUCACCUUCUCACCAAGCUGCUUGGCGAUGGUCUUGUAGCCCAUUCCAGCCUUGUGUAGGUCUACAAUCUUGUCCGUGACAUCCUUGGAGAGCUCUUUGGUCUUGGCCAUGGUGGAGAGUUUGGAAUCUGAUUGAUUGCUUCUGUGGACAGGUGUCUUUUAUACAGGUAACAAGCUCAGAUUAGGAGCACUCCCUUUAAGAAUGUGCUCCUAAUCUCAGCUCGUUACCUGUAUAAAAGACACCUGGCAGCCAGAAAUCUUUCUGAUUGAGAGGGGUUCAAAUACUUAUUUCCCUCAUUAAAAUGCAAAUCAAUUUAUAACAUUUUUGACAUGCGUUUUUCUGGAUUUUUCUGUUAUUCUGUUUCUCACUGUUCAAAUAAACCUACCAUUAAAAGUAUAGACUGAUCAUUUCUUUGUCAGUGGGCAAACGUACAAAAUCAGCAGGGGAUCAAAUACUUUUUUCCCUCACUGUAUGCAUCUCUCCUAGGUCAUAGUUCAGAUGUUGGUGGAGUUUGCCCAGCAGAGCGAAUUGGCCCGAAUCACCAAGAGUGCCCGCGAGACCACCUCAGCCAUGCAGACCCACUCCGACGAGGAAGGGGAGGAAGAGGAGGAGCAGACCCCCAGGAGCUCACUCACCAAGGGGAUCUCUCUGGAGGAGGUGCAGAGGAGGUUCGCAGAGGAGAAAGAAAGGCUGGAGAAAGAGCUGGAGGAGAGGACUGCGGAGCUCCAUGGGAUUAAAGAGCAGCUUCGGCGCAUAGGUCCAGGAUCUGAGCAGGUUAGCAUUGGGGGAUUUCUGGAUAGUGCUUUAAUGAGUGAGUUUGAUUUGCACAGUAGCAUGUGUUCACUUUUUAUUUAUGGUUUCGACACCUAGGUUGGCAUCAGGUGCUAAGAUGCACAGGCUUAGCACUUGGAAGAGUUUUUAAGCUCUUCGAAACAUGCAGUCUAAAAGACCACAUAAAACCACCCUCCGCUGAAGCUGAAUGUAGUUCUGUGUUAAAUGAGGAGUUUGAAAAUGAAGGGAAGUGAUUUUCAUCCACCUGCCAAGUGUUGUCUCUUCUAACCCAAUUAUCUCCAUAUUGAGAAGCACUUAGUGGGUUAAACCACUUGAUCGCCUGGGGAGGGAUAUUAUUAUACCUCACAUGAUGCGGUUUGCUUUGUACAAACCCUUCAGGGGUCUUUUGAAGGAUAACACUGUGUCCUUACACUAGUUGUCCCUCCUGCUCCUUCUAGCUCUUUUUCUCAGUGCUUUUUUUAGCCUAAGCCAUAGCCUACUAUCACAUCAUGUCCAAAGUGUUUCUAAUUGAAGAGGCUGUGAUGUCUAACCGAAGAUGCUUCACUCGGCUGCCAUAUUGGCUACACCCACAAAGUGCAUUUUUCUUUAGGAAGACCAUAGCCUGUUUGCUAGCAUUGUCACCUAAAGUAAGUGCUAGACAUAAACUAACGCAACGCCAAAAAGUAUAUGUCAUACUAACUUUUCGUUUAGAUUUUUGGGUUUGUUUAGCUACCACAUAAUGUUCACGCCACUGCUUCACAAAUGUUCUAACAUUUUGAGUCAAACUAUGAUGCAUCAAACAGUCAUUUUAUGUUAUUGUGAAUGUUAUAAUUUUGGUCAUUUAAUAAAUUUAGACUACUUGCUUUUUGAUUGCAGAUGGGUUAUUCCUCUGAUGGAGAUGGAGAGAGUGAGAGAAAAGAAAGUGGAAAGAAGGAAAGAGCAACACCGCAAAUGAAAAGCAGAGGCUCACAGAAAGAAAAGGUUAUAUUUUUAUUUUACAGUUCAGUUGCACCUCUACUACUUUACACCUCAGCCUAAAAGACAUCAGAGUUGCACUCAGAAUCCAUAAUGAUAAUGCAGUUUUUCAGUGUUUGAUGGAGACUUACUCUCAGUAGUGUGAGUUGAAAUGUCUUCAAAGUUGUGUUCAGAACGCCUAAAUUAUACAGUGUUUCAGUGAUGAUGAAUAGAGACUAAUCCCUCAGGGGUGUGAAUGGAAAUAGUUUCGUUCAGAAACCCUAAAUGUUAUGCAGUGUUUGAUGAAUGGAGACUCUCUCUCAGUAGUGUGAAUUGAAAUGUCUUUAUGCUAUUUUUAUGCAUCCAGCCCCCGAAGGCCCAUGAUGGCUGUCACUUUUGGCCCCUUGAUGUGUUUAGUUAUUAAUAUGUUAUACCCUCAGUACAUUAAAUCCUGUUAAUCUAUUGACUGCAUUUACUGACGUUCAGUUGGGACUAUAUGUGCUCUUUGCAUAAUAGCCUGACUUAUUAUGACAUGAAGAGUACCUACUCUAUAAUAGUUUUUCGUUUAAUUUAAAUGUCAAACUGUUAAUCUCAACCAAAUUACGAAAUAUAAAGAUUGGAGCUCAAAGGUAAAAAGAUUGUUGCAGAAACCUCAACAUCUUUCACCAGUACACACAAUGUGGUCAUUUAGGAAUCAACGUGAACAUCUGUUGAUUAGUAUUCUAUCUGAAUGAGCAGCAUUUCUGUUCCCUCACCAUGAGAGGGUGCCACUCUACUUCCUGCAUCAGCCCAUUGACUCAGGUGCACCUGUUGCCAUAACAGCACAAAGAUACUAGUGUUUCCCUGGCUUGGAUGGAGGUGAAUGUGUUUGUGAGUGUGUGUGUGUGUGUUUGUCUGUGUGUAUUGGUGCGAGCUACGACUCUCGUCUGAUUUGAGUUCACAUUUCUUAUAAUGGUCAUGCCUUCAGCUCGCCUGGCCGUCGCCAUCUCAUGUUUCCAGGAAUCGUCAACUCAGUGUGGAAGUGUGUGCUUUUUUGUAAACGGGUGAUAAUGACAGGGCUGUUGUCGUUCUUCUCCCUCCUGCCGGUCCAUCCACUGCAGAAGAGGGGAGAAGAGGAAGGAGAGGAAGAUGAAGAGGUCAGGAGGAAGAGGGCCGUGGGUGGAAAUGUCUCAUCACAAGAUAGAGGGGAUGACUCUUCCUGUCCAGAUCAUCAGGUUAUCACUUCUGAGAGGUAUGACUAUAGAACGAUAGAAAUGUUCUGUAGUUUCUAUUUCAUUUAUAUUGUAGAGAACAUAUUUAACUCCUGUGCACGUCAUGAUUUUACCUCUGCACAUUUAUUGUACAUUUUCGACCAGAGAAUUGUUUUAUUUUUUAUACCCACAUAUGAACUGAUAAAAGGUUAGAUGGACAAGGGACCCGACCUAUACUAAAAUGUCUAAGUAUAAGCUGUGUUAUAUACUAUGACAAUGUAAUACUUGUAUAUACAGUGCCUUCGGAAAGUAUUCAGACCCCUUUACCUUCUCCACAUUUUGAUAAGUUACAGCCUUAUGCUAAAAUGGAUUUAAAAAAUAAUAAUCCUCAUCAAUCUACACAAAAUACCCCAUAAUGACAAUGCGAAAACAGUUUUUUAGACAUUUUUGCAAAUGUAUUAAAAAUAAUAAACCGAUACCUUAUUCACGUAUGUAUUCAGACCCUUUGCUAUGAGACUCAAAAUUGAGCUCAGGUGCAUCGUGUUUCCAUUGAUCAUCCUUGAGAUGUUUCUAAAACUUGAUUGGAGUCCACCUUUGGUAAAUUCUGUUGAUUGGACAUGAUUUGGAAAGGCACACACCUGUCUGUAUCAGGUCCCACAGUUGGCAGUGCAUGUCAGAGCAAAAACCAAGCCAUGAGGUUGAAGGAAUUGUCCAUAGAGCUCCGAGACAGGAUUGUGUCAACACACAGAUCUGGGGAAGGGUACCAAAACAUUUCUGCAGCAUUGAAGAUAGUGGCCUCCAUCAUUCUUAAAUGGAAGAAGUUUGGAACCACCAAGACUCUUUCCUAGACCUGGCUGCCCGGCCAAACUGAGCAAUCGGGGGAAAAGGGCCUUGGUCAGGGAGGUGACCAAGAACCUGAUGGUCACUCUGACAGAGCUCUAGAGUUCCUCUGUGGAGAUGGGAGAACCUUCCAGAAGGACCACCAACUCUGCAGCACUCCACCAAUCAGGCCUUAAUGGUAGAGUGGCCAGACAGAAGCCACUCCUCAGUAAAAGGCACAUGACAGACAGCUUGGAGUUUGCCAAAGGGCACUUAAAGACUCUCAGACCAUGAGAAACAAGAUUCUCUGGUCUGAUGAAACCAAGAUUGAUCGCUUUGGCUUGAAUGCCAAGCGUCACGUCUGGAGGAAACCUGGCACCAUCCCUACAGUGAAGCAUGGUGGUGGUAGCAUCAUGUUGUGGGGAUGUUUUUCAGCGGCAGGGACUGGGAGACUAGUCAGGAUCAAGGUAAGAAGAACGGAGCAAAGUACAGAGAGAUCCUUGAUGAAAACCUGCUCCAGAACCGCUCAGGACCUCAGACUGGGGCGGAGGUUCACCUUCCAACAGGACAACGACCCUAAGCUCACAGCCAAGACAACGCAGGAGUGGCUUCGGGACAAGUCUCUAAAUGUCCUUGAGUGGCCCAGCCAGAGGCCGGACUUGAACCCGAUCGAACAUCUCUGGAGAGACCUGAAAGUAGCUGUGCAGCAACGCCCCCCAUUCAACCUGACAGAACUUGAGAGGAUCUGUAGAGAAGAAUGGGAGAAACUCCCCAAAUACAGAUGUGCCAAGCUUGUAGCGUCAUACCCAAGAAGACUCAAUGCUGUAAUCGCUGCCAAAGUUGCUUUAACAAAGUACUGACUAAAGGGUCUGAAUACUUAUGUAAAUUUGAUAUUUCCUGGGUAAAAAUAAUAAUAAUUAGCAGAAAUUUCUAAAAACCUGUUUUUGCUUUGUCAUUAUGGGGUAUUGUGUGUAGAUUGAUGAGGGGAAAAAAAAACAAUUUAAUCAAUUUUAGAAUAAGGCUGUAACAUAACAAUGUGGAAAAAGUCAAGGGGUCUGAAUACUUUCCGAAGGCUGCUCUUAAAGACCAAAAUUAAAAUAUUUUAGCUACUUUAUUUUUAUUUUUCAACACAAAAGUUUCUUCAAAAAGAGAUGAAUAUGACCAAGUACCACAUGUUUCUAUGUACAUACAGUGAGGGGAAAAAAGUAUUUGAUCCCCUGCUGAUUUUGUACGUUUGCCCACUGACAAAGACAUGAUCAGUCUAUAAUUUUAAUGGUAGGUUUAUUUGAACAGUGAGAGACAGAAUAACAACAAAACAAUCCAGAAAAACGCAUGUCAAAAAUGUUAUUAAUGUUACAAAUACUUGGUGGAAAAACCCUUGUUGGCAAUCACAGAGGUCAGACGUUUCUUGUAGUUGGCCACCAGGUUUUCACACAUCUCAGGAGGGAUUUUGUCCCACUCCUCUUUGCAGAUCUUCUCCAAGUCAUUAAGGUUUCGAGGCUGACGUUUGGCAACUCAAAUCUUCAGCUCCAUCCACAGAUUUUCUAUGGGAUUAAGGUCUGGAGACUGGCUAGGCCACUCCAGGACCUUAAUGUGCUUCUUCUUGAGCCACUCCUUUGUUGCCUUGGCCGUGUGUUUUGGGUCAUUGUCAUGCUGGAAUACCCAUCCACGACCCAUUUUCAAUGCCCUGGCUGAGGGAAGGAGGUUCUCACCCAAGAUUUGACGGUACAUGGCCCUGUCCAUCGUCCCUUUGAUGCAGUGAAGUUGUCCUGUCCCCUUAGCAGAAAAACACCCCCAAAGCAUAAUGUUUCCACCUCCAUGUUUGACGGUGGGUAUGGUGGUGUUGGGGUCAUAGGCAGCAUUCCUCCUCCUCCAAACACGGCGAGUUGAAUUGAUGCCAAAGAGCUCAAUUUUGGUCUCAUCUGACCACAACACUUUCACCCAGUUCUCCUCUGAAUCAUUCAGAUGUUCAUUGGCAAACUUCAGACGGCCCUGUAUAUGUGCUUUCUUGAGCAGACCUUGCGGGCGCUGUAGGAUUUCAGUCCUUCACGGCGUAGUGUGUUACCAAUUGUUUUCUUGGUGACUAUGGUCCCAGCUGCCUUGAGAUCAUUGACAAGAUCCUGCUGUGUAGUUCUGGGCUGAUUCCUCACCGUUCUCAUGAUCAUUGCAGCUCCACGAGGUGAGAUCUUGCAUGGAGCCCCAGGCCGAGGGAGAUUGACAGUUCUUUUGUGUUUCUUCCAUUUGCGAAUAAUCGCAUCAACUGUUGUCACCUUCUCACCAAGCUGCUUGGCGAUGGUCUUGUAGCCCAUUCCAGCCUUGUGUAGGUCUUCAAUCUUGUCCCUGAAAUCCUUGGAGAGCUCUUUGGUCUUGGCCAUGGUGGAGAGUUUGGAAUCUGAUUGAUUGAUUGCUUCUGUGGACAGGUGUCUUUUAUACAGGUAACAAACUGAGAUUAGGAGCACUCCCUUUAAGAGUGUGCUCCUAAUCUCAGCUCGUUACCUGUAUAAAAGACACCUGGGAGCCAGAAAUCUUUCUGAUUGAGAGGGGGUCAAAUACUUACUUCCCUCAUUAAAAUGCAAAUCAAUUUAUAACAUUUUUGACAUGCGUUUUUCUGGAUUUUUUUGUUGUUAUUCUGUCUCUCACUGUUCAAAUAAACCUACCAUUAAAAUUAUAGACUGAUCAUUUAUUUGCCAGUGGGCAAACGUACAAAAUCAGCAGGGGAUCAAAUACUUUUUUCCCUCACUGUAUGUGGUUAACCAAAGCACUUGUGCGAUAUGCAUCUUGCCAACCUCACACGUACCAAAAAUAUGUGUUUCAAGUGAAUGAAAGACCAUAAUCUUUGGUCCAAACAACAUAUUAUUUUUUAUUUUUUCUCUUUCCAUAGGAAUCUGCUGCGUAAGGCCAAUGAGAGCCUCCGCCAGGUGCUGAGUGAUGUGCUCAAGACCACAGCGGCCGCUGAGGAGACCAUCGGGCGUCACGUGGAGGGGCUACUGGUACCCCCUUCCUUCUUACAGAGACCCACCUGGCAGAGAGCUGCUGGUGAGCCCUUCAAGCCUGCCACAGGGGCUGCUGGAGGUUAGUUGAGCAGCCAAUUCCAAAUCAAACCCUACCACCUAUGUAUGUUGUGAGAAGUAAAAUGGGGUCAGCAAUAUGGCUCCUCCGGACCUUAUCUCUAACCAACACAUCUGAUUACUCUUAACUGAAGACCAUGAUUAGUAGCUAGGGAUGCAACAAAAGUAUGACACCAAUCAGGCCCCCUUGGGGAUCGAAGUCUUGGAAGAGCUCAAUCCCACUCCAUCAAGAUGAUUUAGAUUUCAUUAAAUAGAGCCAGACAAAACCAAAAGAAGAUAAAAUGAGGGAGGGAAAGAAGUAGAUGUGCAAGGUUUGAGGUCUGGGUGUGUAACAGAAAUAUACACAGGAGAGGAAAGAAAGAUGGGGAGAGAGAAUACUUAUUGCCAAAAAUGCAAAUGGUAAAUAUCAGAAUUAAUGAAGUCUUGCCAGUUUCAAACCAUUAUUGCCAGUCUAAAGAGGUCCUGACUGACUGGUUACCUGCUACCUUUCUUUAUGGGACCUUGCUCUGUGGGACCUAUGCAUCAAAUUGAAUGAAUUGUUGAUGUACACUCAGUGGAUAGUUUGAGUACACCACCCCGUUCACGAAAAUGGUUCACUCCUACAGACAGUGAGUCACGUGGCCGUGGCUUGCUAUAUAAAGCAGGCAGACAGGCAUCAAGGCAUUCAGUUACUGUUCGAUUGAACGUUAAAAUGGGCAAAACAAGUGACCUAAGCGACUAUGAGCGUGGUAUGAUCGUCUGUGCCAGGCGCGCCGCUUCCAGUAUCUCAGAAACGGUCAGCCUCCUGGGCUUUUCACGCACGACAGUGUCUAUGGUUUACCGAGAAUGGUGUGACAAACAAAAAACAUCCAGUCAGCUGCAGUCCUGUGGGUGAGAACAGCUAGUUGAUGAGAGGUCGAAGGAGAAUGGCAAGAAUCGUGCAAGCUAACAGGAGGGCCACAAACAGGCAAAUAACGGCGCAGUACAACUUGUAGGUCCUUGUCACGGAUGGGCUAUUGCAGCAGACGACCACAAUGGGUUCUACUCCUAUCAGCUAAAAACAAGAGGAAGCAGCUCCAGUGGGCACGCGAUCACCAACAAUAGACAAACAUCGCCUGGUCCGACGAGUCCCGGUUCCUGUUGCGUCAUGCUGAUGGCAGAGUAAGGAUUUGGCGUAAGCAGCUUGAGUACAUGGCCCCAUCCUGCCUGUUGUCAACGGUACAGGUGCUGUAAUGGUGUGGGGAAUGUUUUCCUGGCACACAUUAGGUCCCUUGAUACCAAUUGAGCAACGUUUCCAUGCCCCAAAUAAUUCUGGCUGUUCUUGGGGCAAAGGUGGUUCCGACCCGGUACUAGAUGGGUGUACCUAAUAAACUGAGUAUAUAUCGUUUACUUUGCCAAUAUUCAAAACUUGUAUACAGUUUGUGUGAAAGUCAACUGCGUACCGAACCAAGCUGCUAAGGAUACAGGGGGAAAAUUCCUAUACAAAAAUAUAACUCAACAUACAACAAUUAAGAUUUUACAGAGUUACAGUUCAUGUAAGUAAAUAAAUCAAUUGAAAUAAAUUCAAAAGGCCCAAAACUAUGAAUUUCACUAGACUGAUGAGGGGCACAGCCAUGGGUGGGCCUGGGAGGGCAUAGGCCCACCCACUGAGCCAGGCCCAGCCAAUCAGAAUAAUUAUUGUAGGGCUCAGAGUUUUUCCUGGUCGCUGCCCCAUACGACUACCUGGUUUUAACAGAACGUAUAAUUGCCUCCAUACAGUAUUUGCUCAUAACCUUUAUUUCACACAUCAUAGAAUCACACGACUAGAUAGCUGAAUGAAGCAAUUGAGGUCAGGUGCACUUGCUCAAGGGCACAACAGCAGUAUACCCAACCCUGGAUUUGAACCUUCAAUGUUAUGGUCCAUCUAUUCCCCCAACCACUCCCUAACUAUCAGACAAUAGUAGUUAUACCAUUACACUCCUUAGCAUCUAUAUACUCAUCUCUUGGUAUGUGGCCCAAAGGCGGAGUCCCCAAACAAGACAAGUGUGUUUUAAGACACAAUGCCCUGCCAAGCUUAACCAUAUGCCUCUCCGUUCUGUGUCUACAGGCUUAAGGGGAUACUGCGAGAUUCUGGCAUUUAAGUGCAAUGACUGGAAGUCCACAGGUACAGUAGUAAAGCUAGUUAGCGAAACUACUGCUAACUUCCUUCAUACUGCACGCAAAGACAUAAACAUGUUAUUUACAAGUUAAUCUGACUCUGGGUAAAUAGAUAAAUGCCAGAAUCCUGCAGUAUUCCUUUAAGUGGUGAAGUCUGCUCUAGUGUGCGAACAUCUCCCCUCAAGUAAACAUCUGCCUGCCCUCUCUACACACACGAAACACACAUACACACGCGUGUACACACACAUACUGUAGUGUGCAUAUGCACAUGUAAAACAGACACACGCACGCACAAAUGCAUAACUAGGGUUAAUUAUUGUGGUUAGAUUUUACAGUUCAGAGAACUUGCUAGUUAACCAACCGUUUGACUUUUUUAAAAACCUUUUUCAUAUGUUCUGGUUUUUUAUCAAUGAAGUAUAGCUGUUGACAGGGUUUAUUUGACUGUGAAGUGAACUUGAUGUUUGGAUAAACUGAAAAAUAAUCAAUGUGCACAAUAGUACUGACUCCUUCCAAGAGGAUAUUGUUAUUGAGAUUUUGUUUUCACAAAGUACAUGACAUUCAGGAUUCCCCUCUUCCCCCUUCACCGUCAUCUCAUACUCUGGUAUCAAGCACACAUAUCCUUACAACUUGCAUGGUGUCUGUGGCAUGUGUAUUUGCAUUCAAGUGCGGUUAGCAGUCAUGAUAGAAGAUGCCAACUGAUCCGUACUCUCUCCCCCUGCAUUCCCUUGCUAGAAAAGUGUGGACCAAUGCACUGAAAAGAGAGAAGGAGAAAGAAGUAGAGAAAAUAGAGAUGACUUGUGUCCCUCCUGAGAAUAAAGAGGCAAUUGUGGAUAAUUAAAUGUCUGUUCUUUGCUGUUUAGUGUGUGUGGUCGUGUCUGGGGUGGCACUACCAGUCAGCUAGGAUUGAGACUGUAGUAGUAUGAAUGUGAUAUUGUAGCUGGUGAUUUUAACAAAGCAUAUUGAGGAAAACGCUACAGAAGUUCUAUCAACACAUUACCUGUACUACUCACGCUUGAAAAACUCUCAACCAUUGUUACGCUCCUUCCAGGAUGGCUACAAGGCCCUCCCCCACCCUCCCUUCGGCAAAUCAGAUCACGACUCCAUUCUAUGCGGAAGACAUAUUUCAGUUGAAUGCGUGCAGUUGUACAACUGACUAGGUAUCCCCUUCACUUUCUGCUCCUCCCUUCUUAUAGGCAGAAACUCAAACAGGAAGUACCUGUACUAAGGUCUAUUUAAUGCUGGUCUGACCAAUCGGAAUCCAUGCUUCAAGACUGUUUUGAUCACGCAGACUGGGAUAUGUUCCGGGUUGCCUCUGAGAAUAACAUUGAUGUAUACACGGACACGGUGACUGAGUUCAUCAGGAAGUGUAUAGGGGAUGUUGUUUCCACUGUGACUAUUAAAACCUACCCAAACCAAAAACCGUGGAUAGAUGGCAGUGUUCACGCAAAACUGAAAGUGCGAACCACCGCAUUUAACCACGGCAAGGUGACUGGGAAUAUGGUUGAAUACAAACAGUGUAGUUAUUCCCUCCGUAAGGCAAUCAAACAGGCAAAACAUCAGUACAGAGAAAAAGUGGAGUUGGAAUUCAACGGCUCAGACACGAGACGUAUGUGGCAGGGUCUACAGACAAUAGACAAUCAUGGAUUGCAAAGGGAAAACCAGCCACGUUGCGGACACAGACGUCUUGCUCCCGGACAAGCUAAACACCUUCUUUGCCCACUUUGAGGAUAACACAGUACCACCGACGCGGCCCGCUCCCAAAGACUGUGGGCUCUCGUUCUCUGUGGCCAAGGUCAGUAAGACAUUUAAGCGUCUUAACCCUCGCAAGGCUGCCGGUCCAGACUGCAUCCCUAGCCGUGUCUUCAGAGCAUGCGCAGACCAGCUGGCUGGAGUGUUUACGGACAUAUUCAAUAUCUCCCUAUCCCAGUCUGCUGUCCCUACUGGCUUCCAGAUGUCCACAAUUAUUCCUGUGCCCAAGAAAGCAAAGGUAACUGAACUAAAUGACUAUCGCCCCGUAGCACUCACUCCUGUCAUCAUGAAGUGCUUUGAGAGGCUAGUUAAGGAUCAUAUCACCUCCACCUUACCUGACACCCUAGACCCACUUCAAUUUGCAUACUGCCCCAACAGAUCCACAGACGAUGCAAUCGCCAUCGCAUUGCACACUGCCCUAUCCCAUCUGGACAAGAGGAAUACCUAUGUAAGAAUGCUGUUCAUUGACUAGCUCAGCCUUCAACACCAUAGUACCCUCCAAGCUCAUCAUUAAGCUUGGGGCCCUGGGUCUGAACCCCGCCUGUGCAACUGGGUCCUGGCCUUCCUGACGCCCCCCCCAGGUGGUGAAGGUAGGAAACAACACCUCCAUUACGCUGAUCCUCAACACAGGCCCCACAAGGGUGCGUGCUCAGCCCCUCCUGUACUCCCUGUUCACCCAUGACUGCAUGGUCACGCAACUCAAUUAUCAAGUUUGCAGAAGACACAACGGUAGUAGGCCUGAUUACCAACAAUGACGAGACCGCCUACAGGGAGAAGGUGAGGGCCCUGCCGGAGUGGUGCCAGGAAAAUAACUUCUCCCUCAACGUCAACAAAACAAAGGAACUGAUCGUGGACUACCGGAGACAGCAGAGGGAGCACGCCCCCAUCCACAUCGAUGAGACCGCAGUGGAGAAGGUGAAAAGCUUCAAGUUCCUCGGCGUACACAUCACUGACAGUCUGAAAUGGUCCACCCACACAGACAGCGUGGUGAAGAAAGCACAACAGCGCCUCUUCAACCUCAGGAGGCUGAAUAAAUGCAGCUUGGCCCUUAAGACCCUCUCAAACUUUUACAGAUGCACAAUUGAGAGCAUCCUGUCGGGCUGUAUCACCGCCUGGUACGGCAACUGCACCGCCCGUAACCGCAAGGCUCUCCAGAGGGUGGUGUGGGCUGCCCAACUCAUCACCGGGGGCACACUGCCUGCCCUCCAGGACACCUACAGCACCCAAUGUUACAGGAAGGCCAAGAAGAUCAUAAAGGACAUCAACCACCCGAGCCACGGCCUGUUCACCCCGCUAUCAUCCAGAAGGCGAGGUCAGUACAGGUGCAUCAAAGCUGGGACAAGAGACUGAAAACCAGCUUCUAUCUCAACGCCAUCAGACUGUUAAAUAGCCAUCGCUAGCCGGCUACCACCCGGUUACUCAUCCCUGCACCUUAGAGGCCGCUGCCCUAUGUACAUAGACAUGGAAUCACUGGUCACUUUAAUAAUGGAACACUAGUCACUUUAAUAAUGUUAACAUACUGUUUUACUCAUUUCAUAUGUAUAUACUGUAUUCUACUGUAUUUUAGUCAUUACCACUCCGACAUUGCUCGUCCUAAUAUUUAUAUAUUUCUUAAAUCCAUUCUUUUACUUUUAGAUUUGUGUGUAUUGUUGUGAAUUGUUAGAUACAACUGCACUCUUGGAGCUAGGAACACAAGCAUUUCACUACACCUGCAAUAACAUCUGCUAAUUAUGUGUAUGUGACCAAUACAAUUUAAUUGGAUUUUGAUUUGAUAUUAGCACAAGGACAGUGCUCAGACUACUAGACCAAGGAAGGGAUGGGCAACUCCUCGGAAGCCUUGUGUCUGAUUAAUCCCUUAUAUUAUAAUUGUUGUUAAAUGCUUUGCCAAAAAUUUAAUUGUUUGGAUGAAAAUGAUUAAAUGAAUGAAUGGUUGAUAUUGGUGACAAUGAACACUAUUAUUUUCCAAUGAAGUGUAUUCUCCUGACAAUUAACCUUGCCCUCCAUUUAGGUAUUUCCUGCCCAGAUGCGUCGACCACUGAGAGUUGCCAAGGUAGCGAGACUGGGGUGGACGAUGUGAGCGUGUGGUCGGGCGAGAUGGAGACGGACGAGGGCCUGGAGAUGUCCCAGCAGAUGAUGACUGACAGCCUGUUGCCAGGAGCGGAGCUUCAGCUGGAGAACGAGGAGUACCUCAUGAAUAUUAGCUCCCGCCUCCAGGCCGCCGUAGAGAAACUGCUGGUGGCUAUCACAGAGACGACCAAUCAGGUACGACACAGCUUGAUUAAAAAUGUGCGUCAAGGUUCCCUUAGUAAGAGCGUGGUGUGCUCAGCACAAAUAUUGUGGACCACACACAGAAAAUGA